CGUUUGACUGGUCCUCCAUGUCCAGGCUGGUCCAGGCUGCCCAGUGUGUGCCCAGAGGAGCAGUGGGUUUGUAGCAGGGUGUCAAGGGGUGCACUGCAGACAGAGCUUUUAAUUCCCUGCCAUCAUGUGCUCUCACAGCCCUCUCUGUGAGCUUGCUGGGGUAGAGCUGGGAUUGGACUGGGCUGUGAUGGAGGAGGAGGGAGCUCUCUCAGUGCUGCACUUCCUCUCCCCUCCCUGGCAGCUAACAUGUCUCCCCUCCCCAGCCCAUGACAAACAGCACCUACCACUGUUUGUGUUCUACAAGCCACCCCUCCUUGGGCUGGCUACCAUCUCCAACAGGCAGCCUCCCCAGCCAGCCAGCCAGCCAGCCUCUGACUGAGUACUACCUCCUGCUGAGCACAGGAAUGGUAAUGGCUGCUGUGUGCUUUGAUCCUGUCAUGUAUUAGUGAGAUCUGUGUCACUGGGGGAGAGUUUACACUACACUCACUGCUUAGCAGGGAACACACAGAAUCAUGUCUUAGUGGGCUUUAGAAUUAAACAUGGGGGAGGGAAUGUAAAAAAAAGAAAAAAUUGCUAAAUGUAAAAAAAUAAUCAUUAAAUUAACUGAGAGGGGAAAAAAAUAUAAAUACUGUUUUCUUAUUUCUUCAAUAACUGCAAACUAUAACAAUGGGGGGAUAUAAUAACACAGUCACGAACAAACAAAUAGUAAAUUAAGAUUCUAUUAGUAAUACAAUUGUGAGCGUAUUCAUUGAAUGAUUACAGCAGAGAAUUGAAAAGGGAGCCACACAAUUUACAUAUACAUAGCCAAAUGGGAAGAUUGUUGAAUUUAGAAUUUUUAUACCAGACAGGUUAUUUUGGCCUACAAUGUAUAAUUUCCUUGUCUGCUUCUUGCAAUUAAUAAUGUGAUAAAUAAACUGCCAGUAGGGCAAGGUAUUGUAAAGUUUAGGCCAAAAUUGGCCAAAUUGGAAAUGUAUCCAAGUUUACUGUGUUUCCAACUCAGUUAUUUUAGUCUUAAAGGAACACUACACCCUUAAAGUACCAGAUUACCGAAGUGCUUUACGUGCCUGGAGCCUGUCAUAAUUUCACAAAUCGUUAGAAAUAUGCACUUUUAGAAUUGGGGCAGAACCACCUUCGUUCUCUCGAGCUAAUGGAAGCUGCAUGUUCGCCUCUGCCUCUCCCUCCUUUUCAGUGAGCUGUAUCACAGAUGAAUUAUUGUAUUAUUUAGAAGAGUACGAAGGCUGCGAUUCCGUGUGCUAUUCCUGACACAGACUGAAAGUCUCUGCUGGGGAAAAAAGCGAGGGCUGGCAAAGGCCGCAUGCAUGUUUUCUUAGGGGUUAAAAAUUGCUAAAAUAUAAAAUAAUCUCCAGUGAAGUGUUCCUUUAAAUUUGCCAUUUCUCAGUGAAUUCCUGAAAAUUCACAGUUUAUCAAAUAACUGUUAUGUUAUUGUUGGGUGUUGAAAUCCGAUAUUGCAAAGUUGAGGCUAAUAUAGCCAAUCUUCACCCUAGCUGAGUUGGAGAUUUACUUUCUAAAUCCACUAUUUUACCUGCAAGCGUGUUCAGUCAGAGCACAGUUGCACUUAUAAGCAUAGUCAUUGUUGUUAUUUAAGUAUCAAUCAAUUUAUAUCAAUAAUUCAUAUUGUAUGAGACUUUCAGCGAAUGGAGUUCUAGCUAUGCAUACAGAUCUUUUCCACCACAAUUAGCAUAGCUUAUCUCUCUCUCUACCUUGUAGAUUGAGGGGCAGUUUAUAUCACCAGAAAAAUAAUAGAAAUAUAAUGGGGAACUAAAGCACAUGUUUCUUUUUCUUAUUUUUUCUCCUGGAAUAAUCAGUAACUAUAUUUAAUUCUUAUUAUAUUUAUUGGCUAUAUGACAUAAUUACCAGCCACAUUAAUGAACCGAAGAAAACCAAAUUGUUUCUAUGAUUCAAAAAAUGCCAGUAAUGCAAAGUGCAAAAAGUGAUUUAAUUAAUUGUUAAAGCAAUUUUUUAUUACACAGCACAGAGAAAAAAAACAACAACAAAUCGAUUUAAAUGGCUCAUACAGCCAUAUAUAUUAGAUGCAGCGUGUUGGUUGAAUUACAGAUAGUUAUGCUGGGUGGGUGUCAUUUUUUAAUUUUUUUUAAAGUUUUUUUUUAAUUUAUUGUGCUUCGUAAGUCAACAAUUUCUGCCUACGCUCAUAGGCUAAAGCAUUGACGGCUAAGUCUGAGGAUUGUGAGCAGUUGUACUUCAGUAGUUCUACAGAAGAAAGCUGACAAUUGAACUGCAACUCCCAGAAAGUAUUGCUGUGCACAUAAAGCAUUGCAUUGUGCAGAACUGCUGUGGAAAAUCCAUCAUCAUUUUUAAAGGGACAUUAAAGGCAUCCAGACCACUUAAUCUCAGCUUUAACCCUGCAAUGUAAAAUAUUACCAUUUUGUAGAAACAACAUUGUUUUCGUUGCAGGAUUAAACAUCUUCCUGACAGCCACUAGAGGCGCUUCUGCUGCACUCACUGAAUAAAGCUCGGUCACGUGACACCGAAACUCAUAGUUAUUUAAUCAAUGCUUCUAGUAUAGAGCAUUUGAUUGAUGGAGCAAGGGGAUUUGUUGUGCAUGAGCACUAACCUCCCAAUUCUUACCUAUGGGAAGAAGGCAGCAAGAUCAGCGCUCUGCAAGGUGUAAAGUAAGUAAAUCUUACCUUUUACAUUUUUUUUAAACCCUGAUAGGGUGGGGAGAGGGGACAGACGCCUAAAUUAUAGUGUUAGGAAUACAUGUUUGUAUUCUUACGGUUAUAGUGUUCUUUUAAAAAAAAAUAAGAAAAAACACCCUCUGGACUGGGCUGACCUCACUGUUAAAGCUGCAAAACCUGUGAAUUUGUUGCAAAUUCAGGAACUUCAAAUGUAAACAUCUUUUUUCAUUAUGUGUGUGUCAGUGUGUACAUUUUUUAUGUAAGAAUUGAUCAAAUGUUAGCUCCCUCUCCCCCCCUCAGAAAUGUGCCCUUGCAUCCGUUGACGUGCUCAGUAUAAGCAGAAAUUUUUGUUUCGAUCUGCAUGUAUAAUGAUUUUAUUAGAGAGAUUUCUCUGGUGACACCAGAGAACAAACCCAGAGUUGUGGGAUAAUGCGCGAAACGCGUUAGGAGCUCUGGUCUGGCACCAAAAUUGGACUGUAAUGCCAGACCCAGGAAAGAGAGAGAAAUACAAUUGGCAUGACAUCCAUUUACAUUGUGCACUAGGAGAGGUUUAAACACAAAGUGCUCUGUGAAUAUAUAGGCGCUUAGGUAUAGUUAUAAAAAUAUAACAAGUUCACACGCUACUACACUCAGGUGGAUGUCCCCCCUAUUCCGCCCCACACCUGAGAGCAAACAAUCAAAAACAGGCAGGUGUACAAUACACCAACCAGAGAAGUGGAGCGUGUAAGGUGUUCUAUAGGAUAUGCCUACCCUUUGUUGGGACGUAGGGAUUAAGCUGUAAAAUAAAGGAAACAAAGGGUAAUAAUAGUGUAAUAAUCUCAGGGGUAUGAGUGCACUGUAGGUGUCCAAUGGUCCAACUCACAUGGGAAUGAGCCUUCCAGGACCGGCUCAGAUCGGAUAGGCAGAAGUGUACUAGGUGACACAGUCCCCUCUUCUGUCCGCUCAAAUAUGGUAUAUGAAACGAAAAAGAAGUGGGGAAACCAGUAGAAUUCUGGUGUAGUAUGUAAGGUAUGAUAAAACAGAUAUACAAUUAAAAGAUAUUGCUAUUCCAGAGCCCUUAAUGCCUGGCUCAAGGUGAUAGCGCUCUGUGCCUUUGAGGGGGCACACCCUUCUUUUUAAGCAAGCAGACAUGGGUGAUUUAUAGGGCUUUAUUAUUUAAUACACAUACCAAUUAAAAACAAAGUAACAAAAAUAAAAAGCUAGCUGCCAAGAAUACAAACAAGUUGUCCUUGUUCCUCCUCUGAUACGCGUUUCACCCUCUACUAGGGCUUUCUCAAUCGGUGUACACUUUGUUUUUAAUUGUUAUAUUUAUUAAAUAAUAUAGUCCUAUAAAUCACUCCUGCCUGCUUGCUUAAAAAGAAGGGUGUGCCCCCUCAAAGGCACAGAGCGCUAUCACCUUGAGCCAGGCAUUAAGGGCUCUGGAAUAGGUUAGCAAGAUCUUUUUAUUGUAUAUCUGUUUUAUCAUACCUUACAUACUACACCAGAAGUCUACUGGUUUCCCCACUUCUUUUUCGUUUCAUAUACCAUAUUUGAGCGGACAGAAGAGGGGAUUGUCACCUAGUAAACUUCUGCCUAUACGAUCUGAGCCAGCCAAUGUGAGUUGGACAAUUGGACACCUACAGUCCACUUAUACCCCUGAAAUUAUUACACUAUUAGUCCCUUUUUUUUUUUUUUUUUUACAGCUUAAUCCCUACGUCCCAACAAAGGGUAUGCGUAUCCUAUAGUACACCUUACACGCUCCACUUCUCUGGUUGGUGGAUUGCACACCUUCCUGUUUUUGAUUGUUUACUAGGAGAGGUUUAGCCUUGCCCCGUAGUCAUACAUGAGACACCAUUGAAUGUUUUGGCAUUAGAUUGAAUAAAUAUUCAGUAUUUCAGAACAAAUUAACCUUUAUAAGUCAAGUAAGACAGGUCAGCUUCAAUGCUGCUUUGUAUUUUGUCACAAUGUGUACGAGUAUUUGUUUUUUUUGUCAGUCAUUGUUUUAUUGAGGAAAGUUUACAAGUUUUUCGGUUUCAGAUAUGCUUUAUCUCAACGCACUAUCUGUAUAAUAUCAACAGUAGUGAUGUCCCGAACGGUUCGCCAUGGAUGGCGAACAUAUGCGCUGUUCGGUCAGCCCCCUAUUCGUCAUCAUUGAGUAAACUUUGACCCUGUACCUCACAGUCAGCAGACACAUUCCAGCCAAUCAGCAUGAGACCCUCCCUCCCAGACCCUCCCGCCUCCUGGACAGCUCACUAAGAAUGCAGCUUCACAAUGAAUGUAAAAUGGAUGCUGUCCAGGAGGUGGGAGGGUCUGGGAGGGAGGGUCUCAUGCUGAUUGGCUGGAAUGUGUCUGCUGACUGUGAGGUACAGGGUCAAAGUUUACUCAAUUAUGACAUAGGGGGCGGACCGAACAGCGCAUAUGUUCGCCAUCCGUGGCGAACCAUUCGGGACAUCACUAAUCAACAGUUAUAAACAUUCAACAUUAGCAGACCUCUUUUACUUUUUUUUCUCUGUGCAUGUGUCAGUUGAGUUCGUGCGUUAUGAGUGGUGGUGUAUGAGUAUUUGUGUGUUUGUCUUUGACAUGUUUCAUGUGCUGCAUAAUAUAAUGUUUGAUCCUUAUCAUUAAAACAUUAUUAAUAAUAGAUCAAUGGCACAUGCAAGUUUUAUUAUAAAAGGUUCCUUUAAUCUUUUUUAAGAUAUUUUGGGGUGUGGGUUAUGAAAUGUUUGUGUUUUCUUAGAGUGUUGCUGUAUUAUCAGAUUGCAACUAUACAGAUAUGUCACAUUAAACAUAUACGUGUUCACUCGUAGUUAACACUUCUGCCGUGUGUGGCUUGCUGUGAAUGUUUAGGGAGAUAAGCAGAGAAGUCAUUCAUGUGGACAUUUUGCAAAAAGAUUAAAAAAAACAACCAACCUUUAAUCCAUUCUAAAUAACUGUGGUCAUGGCUUAUUGGUAAUGAAAGGGAGGUGACUUUUUGUUGCGUUACCACAUGACUUUGAUCGCAGAUGCUGAGUAGUUGACAAUAGAUUAUUGUAGCAUUGCCAGUUCCACCACAUUUUCUGGGAGAUAUAUUAUAUAUGUUGAUUGUCGGCAUAUAUGUUCUGUACAUUAGGAGAAAUUAAGUUAUUAAAGAGACACUCUAGGCACCAUAACAACUUCAACACAAAGAAAGUACAUGGGCAGAACAAUCAGGUGAUGAAGCUGCUAUGGUACCCAGAGUGGUCCUUUAAAGAUACCAGUUUCAUGAUACCUCCAGUACUUCCUCCUAUGCCUCAUCACCUUGCUGGGCAGUGUUGCACUGCGCAUUAUGCUGGCGUAAUGUUUAGUGCAGGAAGCCAUGUGUCCUUUUAUACCGCUCCAUGCCAAUGUCACCUUUCAGACGAAGGUUCAACGUCGUACCUGGACUAUACCUUGUGACGCUCACUAAUAUGGUGAUGCAUGUCCUGUUUAAACUUCGUUACGGACAGGUCAUUGCUUCGUCGUCGUUUCUGUUUUAGUAACCGAGAGUGUGUUUUCCUUUUAAUUGCCUGCUUGGUAUCUGCUCUGACUAAUCCUUGAGUAUUCUAUCCUCUCUAUCCCUGGACCUUGGCUUGUUUUGUGGUUUUUGUGAUGUUCUAUAUCCCCUUGACCUUGGCCUGUUUUGUAAUGCUCUAUAUCCCCUUGACCUUGGCCUGUUUUGUAAUGCUCUAUAUCCCCUUGACCUUGGGCUGUUUUGUGAUGCUCUAUAUCCCCUUGACCUUGGCCUGUUUUGUGAUGCUCUAUAUCCCCUUGGCCUGUUUUGUGGUUUUUGAACUGUAGAACUGUAGCAAUUUGUUAUCACUGCAGCUGUAAGCCAACCUCUCAAUGCUGUCAAUCAAGGCUGUCAGAAUGUUUAACAUGAAUUUUGACCUAAUUGUAUUAAGCUCUCUCUCUCCUUCCUGUAAAACAGGUUGAGCUGCAGAUGUAUGUGUCUGCCAGUCAGAUAGACCAGUUGACUGAACAGUGAACUAUUAUGUUUAACAGCUGCAGUAAUGUUUCUAUCUGUUUAUAAAGCAGUUGCAAUCAUCCUAAGUGAUGAUUGGAACAGCUCCGUAGGCAUAAAUUACUUAUAUAAUGCAUUAAAAACAUAGGGAUCAGUUUUAAUCCAUAUCCCAUUAAUCACUGUGAAAUCGUUAUGUAUACAAAUUCUACAUGCUGCAGGGCAGCACUAUUCCUGCUCUGCCCAUUAACAUAAGGAAAAUAUGUGUGUUCAGAAAAACAUGGUGGGAUUUAAAAAAAAAACUAAUAAAAGGGGCCCUCCUUGUUCCAUAACAAAUAUUUAAUCAAUUAAAUUCAACAAACUAACUUCAUAUGUCCAGAAAAUUUUUAACAUGACCGAGGUCAGGAUAAAACCUGUUUCUUACCUAAUCUUUUUAAGAAACCUGCUUGGCUCUCAUUGGUUGCAACGUUAGUCAGAUAGCAGAAACUAAUGUAGGGUAGCAAGAUCGCAGGGUCAGGGUAAUCACGUGAUGUUAGGUACUCUUGUACCUGUUCUGAUUGGCAGAUCUGUGUCCACCAUCUUUAUCCCUGAUCCUUCCAGCAACAAUCAUGAAAGAAUCCGAGAUGAGUGACUCAAAUCCCAUCUCCUACCAAUUAACUAGUAGCUACCAGCAAAAUAAAUAUGACACGUUUAUUACUUUAAUAAUAUCACAGACAAUCUCAUCAGGGGAUUAAAAUAAGAAGGAUUACGGCACUGGGCCCUGUGACAAACUGAAAUAACACUCGAGGCUGUAGUGGUUAUGGUGCUUAGAGUAUUCCUUUAAGACACAAUUUAUUCAGGGACAGGCAUUCAAAAUGCAGACAUGUCCUGAUAACAUUUCUGACAGUUUGGCAAAUAUGUCCAGACCAUUGCCAGUUUCUAAAAGUAAAUUUAUACAUCAAUCUUAAAUGUGAAAAUAAUAUCUUUGAAUAGGUAGAUCAGCAACCGAUGUCAUUAAAAAAAUAUAAUAUUGCUAGUUCAGCAACUACACUUUAGCACAGAAAGGUAUUAAAUACAAUUAAUAAUUGACACUGCAAGGUUUGUUUUUCACUAUGUAAAUAUAGAAACAUAGAAUGUGACGGCAGAUAAGAACCAUUCGGCCCAUCUAGUCUGCCCAAUUUUCUAAAUACUUUCAUUAGUCCCUAGUCUUAUCUUAUAGUUAGGAUAGCCUUAUGCCUAUCCCACGCAUGCUUAAACUUCUUUACUGUGUUAACCUCUACGACUUCAGCUGGAAGGCUACUCCAUGCAUCCACUACCCUCUCAGUAAAGUAAUACUUCCUGAUAUUAUUUUUAAACCUUUGUCCCUCUAAUUUAAGACUAUGUCCUCUUGUUGUGGUAGUUUUUCUUCUUUUAAAUAUAGUCUCCUCCUUUACUGUGUUGAUUCCCUUUAUAUAUUUAAAUGUUUCUAUCAUAUCCCCCCUGUCUCGUCUUUCCUCCAAGCUAUACAUGUUAAGAUCCUUUAACCUUUCCUGGUAAGUUUUAUCCCGCAAUCCAUGAACCAGUUUAGUAGCCCUUCUCUGAACCCUCUCUAAGGUAUCAAUAUCCUUCUGAAGAUACGGUCUCCAGUACUGUGUACAAUACUUCAAGUGAGGUCUCAACAGUGUUCUGUACAAUGGCAUGAGCACUUCCCUCUUUCUACUGCUAAUACCUCUACCUAUACAACCAAGCAUUCUGCUAGCAUUUCCUGCUGCUCUAUUACAUUGUCUGCCUACCUUUAAGUCAUCAGAAAUAAUCACCCCUAAAUCCCUUUCCUCAUAUGUUGAGGUUAGAACUCUAUCAAAUAUUCUGUACUCUGCCCUUGGGUUUUUACGUCCAAGAUGCAUUAUCUUGCACUUAUCCACAUUAAAUGUCAGUUGCCACAAUUCUGACCAUUUUUCUAGUUUACCUAAAUCAUUUGCCAUUUGGCUUAUGCCUCCUGGAACAUCAACCCUGUUACAUAUCUUAGUAUCAUCAGCAAAAAGACAUACCUUACCAUCAAGACCUUCUGCAAUAUCACUAAUAAAAAUAUUAAAGAGAAUGGGUCCAAGUACAGAUCCCCUAGGCGGCAAAUUUAAUUAGGAUGUACCCCAUGAACUUUUAUUUAUUACAGAACAUUCUUUUUUUUUGUUUGUUUUUAUUAAAAAAAAAAAAAACACUAAAUCAGACUUAAAGGGUUACUCCAAGCACCAUAGUCACUUCAGUGAUUUUACCCAUAUUGUAUAUCUUGCACCCGCUUUUACCUACUUUUUGGUGCAGGGGCAAACUGACUGUAAGCUGGGCCCGGCUUGACGUGCAAUUAAGCACAGACACGCAUUGUGGUUCAAAAUUCAUAUUGCAUUUCUGCACAAACCCUUAGCAAUGGACACUGUUUCAAACACAGCUUUUUUUUUAACUGAUCCAAAAGGACCAGUGACCAGAAACCAGCCAUGGACUGCAGUUUCAACCUUGUGGGUUUCAUCAGCAUGGCACUGAUUUUGGUCUGGAAGUUAAAGUCUCUCUGACAAUAUAGCUAGGUAAGGAAAUAUAUAUUAGAUCAGAUACUGUAGCUAUUCUUGUUCAGUGAUGUAGGUGUAAAAUAACAGAUGAACAUAGUAUCUUGUAAUAUCAAUUUUUAUUCGAUUAACAUCAUUUUGGAACGACAAGCUUAGAGGAGAUCCUCCAUUCCUCAAGUCUAAGCAUUUCUGAGCUAAGCAACACAUAGAAUUCAACGUUGACUCAAUACUCUCUUACGCGGCUUCCUCGUCACAAGUCUGAUUUUUAACUCUCAUACCGACAGUCAACCACUAGAGGUGAACUUAAACCUGCAAUGUAAAUAUUGGGGUUUCUCAAAAACUUCAUUGUUUUACAUUGCAGGAUUAAGAGGACAGGCACACUGCACCCAGAUCACUUCAAUCAGAUAAAUUGGUCUGGGUGACCAUAAUAUUCACCCAGCCUCCCUUAAGUGCUUUUAAAUAAAAAACAGGAGUGGAACCUCAUCCCUAGUGUCCACCGGGGAGCUGCAGAGAUCAGUCUCUACUAAUUACCCAGUUCCCUAUCACCUUUCACCCAGUGCAGACUGCCCACUCUCCCCCUCUUAGUAAUCAACAAGUAACACACACUUUAUUCUCUGAACAGUGAAUUGUGAUGAACUAACAACCAUCAAGGCUCCGAGAGAGAUAUAUUUAUAUUUCCAACAAAGUCACUUGGGUGUAGGAACCGAGAGUAUGUGGGGUACGAAUCCCCCACAAAAAAUCUGGUGUGGCUUUUAAGAUCAUAUGAUAAGAAAAACAAACGAUUUGUUAAAAUAGAGUUGUUUACUUGUUUGCCACUUGUUUAGUAGACUCCCUAGUGAUAAUAUAUAAUUUCACUGGAGAAAACUGCAAGCUCCCUAAAUUGGGCUAGGAGUACUAUAGGCCAAUCCCCUCUCCCCCCAGAUUCAGUGUGGGUCCUAUUUCAAUGACAGGCCAUGUAGCAUUAUAACAAGCAAGCUGUGACCUUCAGGUUUGGAACUAUAUAUGUUGUCCAAUUGUCUGGGGCCUAUACAGUGGGGUUCUGUAUUUGUAGAUUGAGGGUGCAAAGCCCCUCACAGUCUCCCUGCAGACCCACCAAUGCUGAACCCCUAAAAUUUGCUAUUUCUCUGCCAGUGUGAAUUAAUUUAAAGGGACACUAAUUAAUUUAGUUGUUCUGGUGGUUAUUAUUAUUCCCUGUAGGCAUUUUCAUGCAAACACUGCCUUUUCAGAUAAAAGGCAGUGUUUACAUUACAGCCUAGGGACACCUCCAGUGGCCACUCCUCAGAUGGCUGCUAGAGGUGCUUCCUGUUACUGGAGCACUGCUGUUCAGCGUUUCCACACUCUGCAUGGAGACAUUGAAUUUUUCUCAUAGAGAUGCAUUGAUUCAAUGCAUUUCUAUGAGGAAGUGUUGAUUGGCCAAGCCGGCGUUUUUCCCCGCCCCCUCCCUCCUUGCCAAUUUCAGCCAAUCAGGAAAGCAUUAUAAUGGCUGGAUACAGAGAUACAGGGCAUUAUUUAUUGGGUUCCCCCCUAAAUAGUCAGCCGGCACUGGCUCUGCCCCCGAUCGGUCUCAUUGGCUGACAUCAUCAGAAUUGAUGAUCUCAGCCAAUCCAAUGCUUCCUAUAGGAUGAUCACCAUUCUGAUUAUCUCAGCCAAGGAGGUGGGGAAGGGGGUGGUGAGAAAUACCACCUGGCAAGUCAGCAUCUCUUCAUAGAGAUGUAUUGAAUGAGUGCAUCUUUAUGUGAAAGGUUAAAGGACCACUAUAGUGCCAGGAAAACAUACUCGUUUUCCUGGCACUAUAGUGCCCUGAGGGUGCCCCCAUCCUCAGGUUCCCCCUCCCGCCCGGCUCCGGAAAGGGGAAAAGGGGUAAAACUUACCUUUUUCCAGCGCUGGGCGGGGAGCUCUCUGCCUCCGAUCCUCCCCGUCGGUUGAAUGCGCACGCGCGGCAAGAGCUGCGCGCGCAUUCAGCCGGUCGCAUAGGAAAGCAUUUACAAUGCUUUCCUAUGGACGCUUGCGUGCUCUCACUGUGAUUUUCACAGUGAGAAGCACUCAAGCGCCUCUAGCGGCUGUCAAUGAGACAGCCACUAGAGGAAACAGGGGAAGGCUUAACCCAUUCAUAAACAUAGGAGUUUCUCUGAAACUGCUAUGUUUAUCAAAAAAUGGGUUAACCCUAGCUGGACCUGGCACCCAGACCACUUCAUUAAGCUGAAGGGGUCUGGGUGCCUAGAGUGGUCCUUUAAGCAUCUCCUUGACCCAGGUAGCAGCUCUAGUGGCUGUCUGAGUGAAUACACCAGAACAACUAUAUGAAGCUGUACUUGUUCUGGUGACUAAGGUGCCCCUUUAAUAUGUUAAUAGGUGACUUACUAAUAAAACUUUUCCAAAUAAAAUGUAAUUUAGGACAAUGUAUCUUAUUUACAUAGACUGUUUUCUAAACACAUUUAUUGUGUUUUAAAGACAUGCAGCGCUCCAGAAUUUGUUGGCGCUAUAUAAAUAAUAAUAAUACUGUGAGUAUUCAUGCUAUGGAGCUCUGUUAUACACUCAGACACAGACACAAUAUGGAAGCUCAUAGAAAAGAGGGACAUUAGGAUAGAAAAGAAGGACAAAGAUUUGGACCCAAAAUAAAGACUCCCACUCUUAACCCGGGACAGAUGGGAGGUGUGGCACGCUGCUUUUGAUUGAUACACAUUGUCUUAAUAAAGUUUUCUGUUUUUCUUUCUCUUUGCUUCCUACUAUAUACAGAAGUGAAAGUGAAAGUUUGAAGCCUGCCGAGGCCGUGUUAAUGCAGGGGAGAGAAAGCUUUGUGUGGAUUUGUCAGCCUUAUGGAAACGCUUUAAAGUCUGGGGUCGUACGGUGUUAACCCCUCUCUACCCACAAGGCUACCGAGGACUGAUACAUAGCAAGACAUCUCGGUUCUCGGUGCACGUAAGUCAUUUUCCUGCAUGUAAAUUAAAUGCCUUAAUUGGACCUGAUCUACAUAAUCAAAAUGUGUGUGAUCGAAUAACUGAGCCAGAAUACAUUCCCAGUGAAAUGUGCAGGUUUUUUCACUGAAGUGAGAAUUGUCAGAAAUGUAAAGUUAAUUUUAAAAAGUAAGGGCACAUUAGUCGAAUUGGCAGAAACUCAUAUUUCCAGUUCCGCUAUUGUAGCCUUAAAGGGUUACUAUAAUCUUACCGAGAGGGGGGACAUUUUCAGCGUAAUAUGCCGUACUGGGCACUGUAGGAAAGGUCCCUGCUCUCAAUUACCUGAAAUAAAAUGGUUUUAUUUAUUUGAAUGGGCUGCCGGUGUCACGUGUGCUGGGGGGGAACCAGCCCCCGUCUCACAGUUAAGAAUAUCUCUCUACGUGCAGUGUUUUAACCCCUCAAGGACAACCUCUGGAAUAAAAGGGAAUCAUGAUGGAAUAUUUCCGUCAUGUGUCCUUAAGGGGUUAAGCAGAAUUUGCACAUACUUACUCAUACCACCAUAACCACUUUAAAUCACUGACGUGGUCAUGGUGGUUGGAGUAACCCUUUAAAUGUCAAGUUCAUCCGAGCAAUUCUCACUUUAUUGAAGAAACCUGUCAGUUAUUCUCAUGAGUUUCACCAUGCUGAGGCCUUUUACUGUGCUGCGGUUUAGUUACUACACAGUGAAUUAUGCUCAAUGGAUAUACAAAAUUCAGGCUAAACCAAAGAAGCUGUGAUUAUAACUCAGAUGACAAAAUAAUUUUUUCAAAUCAGUUAUUUUUCCCUGAAGUUUUGCAAUAUGGUUUUUAAUUUACUGCAAAUCUGUGUUUUAGUGAACAAAACCCAUUUUCUUUUUCUCUUUAAUUACUAGUAAACAAUGAAUUGCAAACCAUCAAUUUAUUCCAGAUUAGUCAUGACAUAAAAUUCUCAAUAGGAGAUUUUUUUAUCAAAUAGUUUUUUAGCCUAACAAUGUAAUUACUAAAAUGAAAAUUCCAAGUGAAUUUCAAAUUUAAGGUCGACAUAGCCAAAUCGCAAUCAAUCUUUAAGUCCGCUAUGCUGUCAGCUGCUACUUUGGCCUUAAAAAUAAAAUUUACUUUGAAUUCUCUUUGAAUUCUCAUUGCAGUGAAUAACUACAUGUUUUACAAUUCAGCUUCCGAGUCACUGUUCAGUGAAUGAGUGUUAUAAAAUAUCUAAAUAAAAACCUACCCAUUGCCAUUAAUUUAUAAUCAUGAUAUUAUAAUUUUACCGUAUUUCUGUAUACAAUUGUUGUAAGACAUGAACUAACAAACGAGCAGCUGUUGUGUUUGAGAAUAUGUUAAGUCCCUGUCGCGUUAGAUUAACAGAAGUUAUAUUUAAAAAUGUUUUAAAAUUAUAAUUUUGACAAGAAAAAAAAAGCAAAAAAGCAGAUAGUAUUUUAUUAAGUAAGCUUUUAUGUUUAUAUAGCGUUAUGAUUUGUGGCCUUGAUUCAGGAAAUCCCCUUGUCAAACACAUUUACUUAUAGGCAGACGUUAUUUUUGAGAGCACGUGCUCUAAGCUAGUACUGAAUACUGAAUAAGUGCUACAGACAUUCAUUGUGGGCAAGCGCAGAAUUUGAAUGAAAGCAGGAAAUCGGCUAAUAAUACAUUAAUUUAGUAUGUAACCUGAAACCUACUAAGGGGCGUGUGCAUGUUUGUUAAAGGGGAAAUUCGUUUAUACACUUAUAGAAUUAAUCACUAAAUUAAGAUUAAAAGGUCAAGUAAAAGUGAGAUUUAUUUGAGAUUUAAGGUCAAAGUAGCCAAGCUGGAAAAAUGCUCUGAGCCACCUCAGCUUUUAAUUUGGCUGCGCUGGCCUUACAUUUGAAAUUCUAUUUAAAUUGUAAUAAUUCUGAACGUAUACAUUUUUUUUUUAACUCCAUAUAAUGACAUAUGAUACAAUUGUGUACUUUGAUAUUCACUUACUCAAGGUAGAGAGACUACAUGUUGAAGGUACAGUGAUGUAGCUUACAGUAUAGAAGUUAUAUAUACAUUCAAAUAAAAGAAAUUAAGAAUCAGGAGAGAUUUCACAAACGAUAACAUAGCAACAUGUCUUAAUUCAUUUAGAAAUGUCAACUGUUGGGUGUCAGCAUUUUUUUAAUCUUUUUGUUUCUGUGGAGUAGUAAUCAAUAUUCUAAUUUUGCAUUGUUUUUGUCAUUUACUGACACACUAGCAGGAUUAUUUACUAAAGUUAGAAUUCAAAGUGACUUUCAAAUUUCAGGCCAGAGUAACCGAAUUGAAAGCAUUGCUGACUUAGAGAAUGUUUACAGUUUGACUACUUUGGCCUUACAAGAAAAGUGACAUAAAUCUAAAGCCUGAGACAUGAUAUUAAAGGAACACUAUAGUGCCAGAAAAACAAACCUGUUUUCCUGGCACUAUAGGGUUAAUAGGUUGCCCCCCUCCCGCUUGGCUGAAGGGGUUAAAACUCCUUCAGCCACUUACCUUAAUCCAGCGCCGGGCGUGACCUCUCCUUCCCUGCUGACAUCAGCUCCCGAGUGGAGCCGCGUGCGCAUUCAAACCCGCCCGUAGGAAAGCAUUACUCAAUGCUUUCCUCUUGGGGAUUUCAUUUGACGCUGGACUCUAUGAGGACGUCCAGCGUCCUUUCAGUCUGAUUUUCUCACUGAAAAUUGUGGAAGCGCCUCUAGUGGCUAUCAGGGAGACAGCCACUAGAGGCUGGAUUAACCCUGCAAUGUAUACAUAGCAGUUUCAGAGAACAAUUUCAUUUUUUAGCUGCAGGGUUAAAACUAGAGGGACCUGGCACUCAGACCACUUCAUUGAGCUGAAGUGGUCUGGGUGCCUAUGGUGGUCCUUUAAGGUAACUGGCAUGAUAAACCUCCGUAAGAUAUGGACUGGAGCUCAGGUUGAAGGUAAUUGCUUUAAAGCGACACUGUAUGCACCAAGACCACUUCAGCUCAUUGAAGUGGUCUGGGUGCACUGUCCCUUGUGCACUUCGUGUUUACAUUGCAGCUCUAAGUCUAAUGCGAGGGAGGGGCAGAGCGACAACCCAGCUCAGGGACAUCAGCGCUGGGAAAAGGUAAGUAAAUAAAGGGUUUUUUACCCUUUAUUUACCUGGGUGAAGGGGCGCAAGGGAGGGGGGAGGCAGAGGGCGCUAUAGUGCCAUAGUUAUUAUAGUUAUUCCUGGCACUUAUAGUAUCCCUUUAAAUCAGUUGGGAUUUCAGGUGGGCAGUUGUGGGUUUUGCAGAAAACGCCCGGUGUGCCUUGAUGGCCAUGGACCAAGGUUGGUAGGGGAAAUCAUUUCAUCUCCCCUGCUGGCCCUUGCAGAGCCAGCCUUGCUGUGAGCCCUCUUCAGGCCCGGACUGGCCAUCGGGCAUACCGGGCAAAUGCCCGGUGGGCCUCGAUGGCCGUGGGGCCGAGGCCGGCAGAUCACAGAAUCUCCCCUGCAGGGCCAGCGCUACCCGAGCGCCAGCCCUGCUGUAUGCCUUCAUGGGCCGGUGGGGAGAUCAAAGAUCUGCCACACCGGCCCAGAGGCAGUGUUACAGGCGGCCACAGGCUAAGGAGUGAGGGAGGGAGGAGAGAGGACCGGCGGAGCUCUAACCAGCAGCUCCGCCGGGUCCUCUCGCGGGAUUCUGAGCGUUGCCGCGGCUGGCGCUCGGAUAGCGCUGGCCCUGCAGGGGAGAUGGCAGCAUCGUCCCCCUUCAUGGCAGAACGCCCAGGCUAAGAAGGUAAGGGGGGAUAUAAUUUUUAAUUAUUAAAAAAUAUAAAUUUAAUAAAAAUACAUUCACACUCACACACACAGCACCCAGACACACACAGCGCCCCCAGACACACACAGCACCCCAGACACACACAGCACCCCCAGACACACACACAGCACCCCCAGACACAGCACCCCAGACACACACACAGCACCCCCAGACACACACACAGCAACCCCAGACACACACACAGCACCCUCAGACACACACACAGCACCCCAGGCACACACACAGCAACCCCAGACACACACACAGCACCUCCAGACACAGCACCCUCCGGACACACACACAGCACCGUCAGACGCACACACAGCACCGUCAGACGCACACACAGCACUCAGACACACACAGCAACCCCAGCACACACAGCACCCCCAGACACACACACAGCAACCCCAGACACACACACAGCACCUAAACACACACAGCGUACCCUCAGACACACACAGCGCACCCUCAGACACACACAUCGAAACCUCAGACACACAGCACCCUCGCUCACACACACAGCACACUCCCACACACACACAUAUAUAUAUAUAUAUAUAUAUAUAUAUAUAUAUAUAUAUAUAUAUAUAUAUAUAUAUAUAUAUUAUAUAAAAUAAGCCUCAGUGAAGUUAACAAAGAAAAUUAGAAACCUAGAAUGUGACAGAUAAAAACACCCUCACACACAGCACCCCUCUUACAUACACACACACUGCGCCCCUCACACAUACAAUACGUCCAAAUAUAUAUAUAUAUAUAUAUAUACACACACACACACACACACACUACAGCACCCCUACACACAUUACGCUCCAGAUACACGCUAGAUCCCUUACCCUAUAUGCACUCUUAAUCCUCUAUACACACACACACACAAUCUCCUAUACACACUCAGGGUCCUUUACACACUAGAUCUCCUACACACACACACUGCACCACCUACACACACACUACAUUCCUUGUCAGCAAACACAUACAACAUUCUCUAAACACACCCUCUCUACAACCCCUACACACACUACGUCACCUAUACACACACACUACAGCCCGUAUACACACACUCGCUACAUCCCCUAUAAAACUAUGCCCCCUAUACACACACUCUCUAUGGCCCCUAGCCACACAUAUUACACCACAAACACAAAUGAAAUGUACCUAUUUACAAAAUACCACACCACACUCUACACACACGCAAUCCCACAAGCAGGUUUCAAACACUUGCACCAUACACUUUUCUUGCCCUUUUGACUUCUGGUAUCCCACUUGUGGAGACACCAGAGACAAUUUAAAAGCAAACACAGUGCAAGCAUGUUAUUAAAUUUGCUUGCGCUGCGCAGAACAAAUACAGGGCCUUUUUCUAAUGCCAGAGUUCUUCAGCGGGGCUCUGGCCAUUGAACCAACAUGCUCCUUUUGAGAGCGGGCGUGCUUGUAAUUAGUGAUGACAAAACAAACCCUCUCUGGCCCCGCCCCCUUCUUAGGGGGCCGCUCUGAUUGAAAAAUGCCCUGGCCUAAUUUUUUUCCCAGUCCGGCCCUGGCCCUCUUUGACUGGUGAUGAGAUCAAAGAUCUCCCCCACUGGCCUGCUGGCACUUAGUUCCUGCAGAGGGAGGGAAGGGCCUGGGAGGCUCUGUGUUCCUCCCGCGAGCAGGCUGGUAAUGUGUGGCGAUACUCCGAUACGGUGCUGCUGUGCCCGCAGUAGGACAGGGGAGCCAGCCUGCAGAUGGAGAAGCUGCAGGCUAAAGUGAGCAUGGACACACACACAUAGAAAAUAAGUAGAAUAGAAAAUAUUCUACUUUUGGAAAAAGAAAUAUACAUUUAAGUACUUUUAUUUUAUUUUUUUAAAACCCUCCUUUCUAAAACAAUAAAUUAACAAAAUUGCACUUGCGCUAUAAAAUUAGUUACUGUGGCACUGGUGGGUGGUAAGGAAAUUUUACCAUCAACAAAGAUACAAAAGUGGGGGACAGGUAUUUAAAGGUUGACUACCCCUGGUCUAGAGUCUUACAUAAAUCAUAAUUGCAUAACUAAGAGAAUCAGUAAAAAUGAUUAGAAAGAUUAAAAAACCUGCAACUAAAGGAGUAGAUAUAAUUAUGAGAGAAAAAAUAACACCUUCAGUUGCAGAUAUUGGGAGACUCGAGGUUGACAAUAAAACCGUUAAAAUCAGACCCAUGGCAUUUCAAGAGCCAACUAGGAGGUCCAGCCCCCCUUUUUUUUUUCUUUUCUUUUUUUUUAAUAGUAAAGUGUUCUUUUACAUAGUUUUACCGUCAUUAAGCAUAAGGGUAAGAUGUGUAUGAGCCUAUUUAAUAUAAAUGUCUAUUUGUGUUUUCUGUACACUCAGGAGUGUCUCUGUAUUUUCAGGUUUGCCCUUGACUGCGUCUUGUCCUUAAAGUGACAACAGAUGGGAAACGACACUAAACCGUUCAGAUCAGCAAUGAUCAGUCUCCUCUACGUGGGAUUUCUGAGUAUUGUAUUGCAUUCUCGUCUAGUUUGCUGUUCUUCCAUCAAUGUCAAUCCAGAUUCGGGUGGCAAUUUAUUUCCAUGGAAAGAGUUUCGGUUGCCAGAUUUUGUAAUCCCACUGCAGUAUGACCUCCUCAUCCAUCCUAAUUUAACCACCCUUACUUUCAGUGGCCUUACCAAGAUUACCCUAAGUGUAACACGACAAACACAGUUUGUGGUACUGCACAGCAAAAACCUGGAUGUCACAAAGACCGGUAUAGAACGAAAACGUGGAAGCAGCAAAGUCUACGAAGACCUGCGUCUCCUUGAAGACCCCACAAAUGAGCAAAUUGCACUUAUUGCUUCUGAACCUUUAAAUCCUGGAGAGAAUUACACAAUAUACAUUGAGUACCACGCUAACCUUUCUCAGAGCUUCCGUGGGUUUUAUAAAGGUACCUACAAAACCGCAGAUGGAGAGAUCAGGUAAUAUUUAAUGUACAGAGCACACUACCUCAGAGGGGUCAGUAGCAUCCUAUAACAAAUAUAGGCUUGCAAAAGGAUGAUUAGAUGGGAUAAACUUGAAAAUGAAAUGCUCAUAGGGAGAGAGCACCUCAAAAAAAGUUAAGUACGUUAAUGCAAAAAAGGUCAAGAGUGAACGUUUUGGUCCAUUACAAUUUGAGAUGGUGAGUUAAUCAAGGAGGAUCAGGACAAGGAAGAAAUUCUAAAUGGUAUAUUGUUUUCUGUAUACAGGGAAGAAGAAUCUAUGGUUGCAUAUUUGCAAUUCCCUAUUAAAAAAAAAGCCUUACAGCAAACAAGUGAUUGGUUAACACAGGGUAUAGUGCUACAGAAAUUAAAUACAAUUAAUAUAAACAAAGCCCCAGGGCCAGAUGGUAUUCACACAUGUGUUCUUGGGGAGCUUAGUGUAGAAAUAUCCAUACCACUGUUCUUAGUUUUUCAAGAUUAUUUUCUUUUAGGAAUUGUAUCAGAGGACUGGAGAAAAGCAGUUGUGGUGCCUAUAUUCAAAAAGGGUUCAAAAGCUCAACCCGGAAACUACAGACCUGUGAGCAGCGGCGUACAUACCGCGGUCGCAGGGGUCGCAGCUGCGACUGGGCCCGUCACUCCAGAGGCCCGGCCGCCCUGCGGACCCCUGCAACCGGGUACCCGUCGCCAUUAUCAUGUCCGGCCCAUGCGGCAAACCGCCGGGGCUGCAUGGUAAGGGGUCCAUGGAUGGAUAUGGAUUGUAAGGGGACUCGGUAAGCGCUGGGCGCUUUAACAGCGCGACCGGGCCCCCUGUGAUUACAUCACACGCUGGGAGGAAGUGACCGAAUGAUGCUCCUCCCAGCUAACACUGAGAGCCGCUUGGGAGGAAGACCAGGGAGUCAGAGUGGGAACAACUGAGCCAACACUGGACCCCAGUCACCCUCCUGUACCUUAAAGGUAGGAAACAGGAGGGUGACUUAAAUAUUUUGUGUGUGUGUGUAUUUGUCUAUGUAUGUGUGUGUAUCUCUGUAUGUCUUGUGUGUGUGUGUGUCUGUAUAUAUGUAUGUGUCUUUGUAUGUAUGUGUGUCUUAUGUGUGUGGGGUUGUAUGUAUGUUUGUGUCUGUAUGUAUGUGUGCAUGUCUGUCUGUGUGUGUGUAUGUAUGUGUGCCUGUCUUUUUGUAUGUAUGUGUGUCUUGUGUGUGUCUGUAUGUGUGUAUGUCUUUGUAUGUAUGUAUGUGUUGUGUGUGUCUUUUUAUGUAUGUGUGUGUGUAUUUGUAUGUAUGUAUGUGUCUGUAUGUGUGUCUGUGUGCCUGUCUGUUUGUAUGUAUGUGUCUUGGAAUGUAUGUGUGUCUUGUGUGUGUGUGUGUGUGUCUGUAUGUGUGCCUGUCUGUUUUUACGUGUGUGUGUGUGUCGGUCUGGAUGUAUGUAUGUGUCUGUGUAUCGGUCGGUCUGUAUGUAUGAAUGUGUCUGUAUGUAUGUAUGUGUCUGUAUGUAUCUGUCUGUCUGUGUCUAUGUGUGUGUGUGUGUGUAAGUCGGGGGGUGGGGGGGAGGGCCCACGGAUCAGUUUUGCACCGGGCCCCGUGGAUUGUGUCUACGCCACUGCCUGUGAGCUUAGCAGCUGUUGUUGGGAAAUUAUUUGAAGGUCUGUUAAGGGAUAAUAUUCAAAAUUUAAUUUUGAACAAUAAUAUCAUUAGCAGGAAUCAACAUGGUUUUAUGAACGAUGUCACAACAAACUAACUUAAUCGUGUUCUAUGAAUAAAUUAGUAUAAAUAUAGAUUAGGGUGAUUUUGCUAAGGUUAUUAAUAAAACUGAAAUCCUUGGUUUAGAUGAAAAUGUUUUUAAUUGGAUAGAAUACGGGGUAAAAAUAGAGUGCAGAGAAUAAUUGUAAAUAGAAAAUUUGAAAUUGGACAAAAGUGGUAACCCUUGGGGUUCUGUCCUGGGACCACUUCUCUUUAAUCUGCUUAUAAAUUAUCUUUAAUUAUAAUGAGAAGGGUUAAAGGAACACUAUAGGGUUUGGAAUUCAAAUCUGUAAUCUGUAUUUUAUGUGCUAUAGUGCCCAUGCCCCUACUUCUGUAUAGCUCUCCUUCCCCCCCUUUGCCCAUUUACCUGCUUACCUCUCCUAAACGCAUAACAUCAUCAAGGAGCUGUGGCUUCAUUCGCCAAUAUCCCAAUCCACUUCUCCUCACUGUAUAAAAAUGCAAUGUUUUACAUUUCAAAGUUAAAAGGACCGGACUACUGCACCCAGACCACUUUGUUGAGAUGAAAUGGCCUUGGUGUCUAUAGUGUCCCAUUAAUAAUGUGGGCAGAGGGCAUUUGUUGCGGCUCCCGGCCUGCCGCAUGGUGCAGCCGUGCCCGACCGGCACGACCUCGCCGAUAUUGCGAGCUUACCUGCGAGCCGGGAACCGCUCCUCCGCGUCUUCUGGGCGUUGUGCCCAAAUCAAAGAUGGCGCUGACCACGUGGUCGCGCACACCACAAGCUCCGCCCCUCAAAUUUAUGCGGACGUGUGCGUCACGACGUCAAUGCACGCGCACGUUCUGGGGUCAAAGGUCACCCUCUGACCAAUCAGAGCCCAGAGAGGGAAAUUUAAAUCCCUAAUUCAUUCCAGUUCUUUGCCCUGUCGUGGUUUAAUGUUCCUGGUUCCCUAGAGUGCGUUUAUCUUUGUGAAUAUUACUUCCUGGUAUCCUGAUCUUGGCUUUUCUGAUCCUGGUUAUUCCGAAUUCUGGUUCCCCUGACUUGGCUUGUUUAAACGGUAUCUGAGUAUUUCUGGCUUCCUUGACCUCGGCUCUACCUUUGACCAUUCUCUAUCUCUAGCGUAUUAGUCCGGCCAUUCUAAGGUCCGGUUUACUCUCUGUCCUUUUAUUUCCUUUCCUUUUUUAUGUGUAUGUUUACAUAGUUUCUGCGUGUUGGACCACCCUAGCAGCCGUGACAGCGUUUCAUAAAGGGGUAUUGUAUUUGUGUUGCCAGCACCACAAGGGUUAAUUCACGCAUGUAUUACUGUUAAAAACACGACCCCCCCCCAUCACUUGCUUAUCUUGACCCACCAUGAGUGUACCAUACCCUGAAGGCUCUUCUAAUAGAUAAUUGUUCACUUCCUUGAGUUAUACUGGAGAGCCAGAGGUAGAUGGUGCUGAGGGCACUAGGACCAUGCAGAGAGCGCUUCAGCAGUGCUUAGUGCGUGGUGUGGCUGAAACAACGCCUCUGUGCCUGCGCCUCCUUUCCUGGUGGGAAAGCCCAUUUGGAUGGUGGCACCAGUGACGCAUGAUUACACUGGCACACCCCUUCAAAGCCUUCAGGUGCUGCCCCAGUUACAUACAGCUCACGGUUGGGAGAUGUGGUUUUCCUUGAUAAGUGGACAUGCCUAAAGCUGUUCUCGUCAUGAUUUGUAAAUGACAGAUACAUAGAUGCUGAAGGCUAUUUAAACACGUCCAGUAUUCUGUAAAGAGUGAAAUAAACUAACACAAUAUCCUGUAAUAAAACCUUGAAGAUAUUAUUAUGUUAUUAUUUAUAUCAACUAACCCCCACGUUGUAUAUGUAUACAAUGAUAUAGAUUAAACCUUAAAAAUGAUUUCUGGGAAUAGCUAAAUAUUUAAAUAUUCUGCAAUUAAAUAGUGGGAGAAAAGUUUUUAUUGUAGCAGUCACUGCAUUAAUUAAAGCUGGAACUAUCUUAUAAAGAUUUGUGUUCUUGAAUCUUUAUAACGGUCACUGUCCUCAUUUAGGUGCAGUGAUUACAUUUGGAGAUUAUUCACUGUAAAGCUAAAGAUGUAGCCCUUGGAAAAGUUAGAUAAACCAUUUCAAAGACAAUUUGUAUAUUGCACUUCCUGACGUUGUUUUGUGUUGGGAUCAUAUAUUGUAAAAUAAGCUAAGUACCGUUACCACCGAUAUAUGACCCAGACGUCGGGGCAUGUACUAACAAGACAUACACAAGAUGUAAAAGAAAAACGUGGUGUGAUAGAAAAACUAUAAUAAAAAUAAGCUAUAAAAAUAUUUACUACUAAAUUGUCAAGAAGUUGAUGGGGGAUAUCAUUUUGCAGCAGUGAUACAUAUGGAAUAAAAAUGUGCUAAGUAAAUAAAUAUCACUUGCACAAAUCGUGUAUUGAAAGAUAAUUUACCGCAUGUUUAUAACAUGGGAUUACUCAUUUGCACAGUUGGGAAAUUAACAAGCCAGUAUUUAUUUAGUAAAUUAGUACUAGUGAAAUAUGCAAAAAGUAGGGAUUACUUAUUGGCAUCUAUAUAUAUUUAUUUAUUGCACUUUAUUAGUUAAUGUCUCCUGUAAUGUCAUAAUCAUUAUGGGUGUAAGAGCACUAUGGGGGAUCUAGUUCACAACAUCUGGAGGGUCGAAGGUUGCCUACCCCUGAGCUAGUACAUGCAAUUCACUUUUUUUGUGCUAAGUGACCAUAAUCUGUACCAUGCUACAUAAUCUAGUAGUCCAUGCUACCAUAAUCUGUGAAGCAUAGAUAGAUGGAGUUAGACUAUAUAUAUAUGGUCUUUAGGUAAAUGUGAACGUAAAUAAGUGAACCAUAACAUUUAAGAAACUAACAGAAUGAUAAUUAGACUUGGAGAUUCGGUUUGAUCUGAACUGCAAUCUGGCUGUAACAGGGCUGAUUAGGUGAUCGGGUGAAUUUCUGAACUUCGGGCAGAGAUGUACCCGAAUCACAAACCACCUGAAACAUUCAAUACGCGUCCGUUCGAGAUUCUGAAAGAAAACAAAAAGAGGUAACUAAUUGCUAGGGCACAGCCACUAAAUGUUGCUUUUGAAAUGCUGAAUUCAAGUGAGAAACAAGCAAUAAAGGGAAAAAAAGUAGGAACAUCUAUAUUUAAAUAUAGAAAGUCUAAAUAUAGAUUUUUACUUCUAUUUUUCUCUCUCUCCAUCGGUAACUUUAUUUCACUUGAACUGUGAACAAAAUGGUGGGAAAAUGCUCCAAUCAGUGUACGUAACAUUUAUUAUACUAUCAUAUUAUGUAUAUAUUUUGCAGCACACUGAUUGGCCAGUUGUCACACUUUUUUGUUCUUUUGAUUCAGUUCCCGAAUUUAAAUCUCAGUUCCAAAAUUCUACUGAGCUGACCUGGCCUAAGACUGAAAUUCGAGUGUCCCAAAAAAUGGUUUGACAGAGCCAAAUUUUCUCGGAGUGCACUAGUCUAAUUAUAGAAUUAAUGCAGAGUUAUUUUCAUGGAAUGUCCAUCCUGCGAAUACAAAAAUAACACCUGUUUUUGAGGAAAUGUAUAAUUUUCAUUGUAUAGAGCUGCUUCUGUGAGAAGUUAGAAUGUAGUUGUUUUUUUUUUUUUAGAAUUCACCGUAAUAUAUGUCUCCCUUUUUGCAGAGUACUUGCCACAACCCAGUUUGAGCCAACAGCCGCACGGAUGGCGUUUCCCUGUUUCGACGAACCAGCGUUUAAAGCGUCAUUCUUAAUAAAGAUCCGAAGAGAACCCAGACACAGCGCAGUGUCUAACAUGCCUAUAGUACGUGUUCUUUUUCCUGUUCUGAACGGAAAUGUACAAAUGUAGCAAUCAAUAUGACCUAUUAACAAAAUGAAACUGUUCACCUUUUGAAAUUGUGUAUCGCUUCUCAUUCUUUUUCCACAUAAUGUGAUUCCGUCUCUUUCUCAGUCAUUUUCACGUCAUGCUUUAUCUGUCUUUCUCUGCAUCUUUCUUCUGUUGCACAUUUUCUUGCUCUCUCUGUCUCUCAGUUAUCCCUUAUUGCUAUUAUUUCACUCUCUUUACCUCUCUGUCCCUGUUUCCCAUCUGUCUCUUUUGGUUCUCUCCAACCUAAGCUUACUUGUAUUAUGUCAGUCUCUCCGCCAUGCCGCUCUCUCUGUCUCUCAGUUAUCCCUUAUUGCUAUUAUUUCACUCUCUUUACCUCUCUGUCCCUGUUUCCCAUCUCUCUCUUUUGGUUCUCUCCAACCUAAGCUUACCUGUAUUAUGUCAGUCUCUCCUCCAUGCUUCUCUCUCAGCUGUCCUACGUCUGUCUCAAAGCCCAUCUUCUGCCUCCCUUAAUGCCUAUUGUCCUGUACCUGUCCCCUUCCCAUCCGUCCCUUUCAUCCCACCCACUUGUGUUUGAGCGCCUUUCUUCAUUUUCCUAUUUUUUACUUUGUAUGUACUAACUUUGCCUUUAUCUAACUUUUGCUCUUACUCUUUGUGUAAGAUUCUUAAAAUAAAUACAAUAAUGUACUCUCUAAGUGUCCACCUCACUGUCUAUGCAUGAACACCUGGCAGACUCACUGAGCAAUAGGAAGUUCCUACAUGUCUGCACUGCUCAAUACCUGGAGGGUCAGAAAUAUGUCUACAAUGUGUCUAACAAGUUUUGAACUGUAUAAGUUAAUUAUUAUUGUUAUUUUUUAAUACAAAUGUUUAAGUAUUAUGGUGUGCAAUCUGUCCGUGGUGAAUUAUUGUAGUUUAUAGUGGGAUUUGUCUUCUAUCUGUUCGAUAAAAACAUACCGAUUCCAUCUGUUACCAACUAAAAAUAUACAUAGAUACACUCAGAUAAACACAUACAACAAGAAGACACUGCAAACGAAAAGCUUAAUUUUUUUACUUGACUGCAAGUUUAUUUUUUACUUGCUUUUGUUUAUAAAUAUAUUACACUAUUUCUGUUGAAGCAUGGAUGUCCUCUUUUCUCUUUAGGUGAAAACUCUAAAUAUUGGUGUAGGGCUCCUUGAGGACCACUUUGACGUCAGUGUUAAGAUGAGCACAUACUUGGUGGCUUUCAUUGUAUCUGAGUUCAAAUCAAUCAGUCAAGUGACCGAUCACGGAGUCAAGGUAAGAAAUCUGAUGCAAGGAGGUAAAAUAAACAAAUGCUUAAAGGGACAUUCCACUGCCAUAUCCAAAUCACUAUUUAGUAGAUAUAACUCCACUGAAAACAUGCAUGCAUUUUACUAUGCAUUUAUUAAUAAAGGGUAUAUCUUAAAACAGCUUAAACUAGCUGCAGUUCUCUUGUCUGCAGCCCUUACAAACCCUCCCCUUCUAACUCCGCCCAGACUUUCUGUGGCUGUCCAAUCACAGACAUCCCAAUGCAGUUCAAUGAGAAGUCUUUGCAAGGCAGGUGCUCUGGGCAAUUGCCGCCUAUUGAGUUUAGCUCCACUGAGCAACAAAACCAAAUUCAGACGGCGCUAUACCAAAGUACGUAUUGCAAAUGAAAAGAAGAAACACAAAUAUUGUUUCAUUUCUCCUUUUCUCUGUAUGUUUUCUCUUCACUGACGGCUGAGUGCAAAGGACAACGUUAAUAACCAUGAUUAACAGGGAGCUAAGACGGAGGCACCCAGUUGUAGGAUAAAGACAUUUAAUUCUAAUUUGCACACCUCGCAAAUACAUGUUUUUAAGAUAUAAGGAUUAGUAAACAUACUGAAAAUCUUGGAAAGUGACGUGCUCUGUAAUGUAAAAUCCUGGUUUCUUAUUAACUCUCCAGUACGUGUCGUGUUUUAGUGAUACGUGGAGGAAAGCCCUGUUCAUCUAACAGUGUGUUCAACAGAUAUUUAUUUAACAUGUAAUAAUAGUGAAUUAUUUAUUUUGGUCCAAUACAUUGCUUCACAGAGGCCAUCUUACUCGGACACGUUACCUCCACGGGAGGAUCAAAAAGUUCUGUUCGCUAGAUACGACUGGUUUAACUAGGUCUCUUUGAUUAAUGAUGACACUUCAGAGACACCUAAGCCGGUGAGAGCUCCUGUGCCAUAGAUUUAGAAUGUUUAAUGAUAAUUAGCUUCCCUCACUUUAUUUUGAAAUUCUCCAACGUAGCUGCUGUAUGAACUGGCCUCCUGGAGAUAACCCAGCACUGAACAUUCUCUGAAGAUGAUAAGUGUGGGCUUAAAUCAAAUGCCUCCAAAGAAGACCAAAUAUGGAAUUUUAUUAGACGCUUUUUUUUUUUUUUUAAAGAGAUUUUGCCCGAGGCAGAGAUUUUGUCAUUUUCUUAGAUUAGAAAAUUAAAAAAAGAUAUUAUCCCAUGGAAAUAAAUAUCAAAUUACCAUAAAAUGUACUUUUUGGAAUAACUAAAUGGCACAUAAAGCAACACUGGUGCUCAAAAUCCUCCGAGGUGGCAUACAUCGUCUGUGUGCAUUGUAGCCAUCAAUAACGGAGACGUGUUAAAUUGAGUUAACCCUGUUAUGGUUGGUAUUCUCUGCCUAAUGAACAGUUCUGCAUUCAAAACAAAAUUUCAGCUGAUAUAUUUAGUCCAAAGUAAAAAAAAAAAAAACAAUAGUUGGCCUAACAGCAUUGUGCUGAUUUGGCUCAUCCAAAUAUUGUCCAUGCAAACGAUCUAGGAAAAUUAUUUUAAAAGUGCAUGAAAAAUGAGCCCAUCACUGUAUUGCAAAUUAUAUACAUAUUUUCUCCUCCCAGAUAGUUUUGGUUAAACAAUUCAAAACAUGCAAUUGUGUACCAGUGCUAUAGUGAAUUUAGCUUUCAAUAUGUAAAUAUUACAUUUUUAUCCAAGCGGCUUCACACUUCAUGUAGAAUCUCAUCCCACAUAAUAAAUUAACUUUUAGCUUUUAGAUUUACUAAGUUUAAGCUUUUAGAUCUACUAAGUGUACAAAAAAAAAAAAAACAGAUAAAUAAUAUGUGUGUAUAUAUAUAUAUGAUUUUUGGCACAUGUGGUAUGCAUAUAUAAAAGUUGAAUAGUGCUCCACUUAGCUAGUAUUAUAAUAAUGUCAUUCUUGUCAGAAAUUGGUCGAUUAAAUAUAUUGCACCAUUGUCUGUGUCAUUUCAUACACUCACAUGGAGCGUCCGUUACUUAAUUCAGGACGAGCUGCCAAAAUGUGAAUGAAUGCAACAAGUCUAAAGCAGAGCACUGUGCUCUGUGCCUCUUACUCGUAGAUAUCUUAGCUGUAAUAUUAUAUAGUUAGUAAGAGUUCCUCUAAUUAAAAUAGGGAUCGACCGAUUAUCAGUCUGGCCCAUAUUAUCAGCCGAUAUUUGGUAUUUUCGGCAAUAUCGGUAUCGGCCAAUUCAGAUACCGAUAUUGCCGAUAAUAUAUAACAGGACCGCCGUGCCCAUUACAAGCCCGGCGGUCCUGUUGGGGGCCAGCAGCAAGCGCUGACUUACCUUGCAAGCAGCUCCCUGUGUAAAUCUCGCGAGACCCGCGGCCACAGAGCGUUGCCACGGGGUACCAUGGCAACGCUCCGCGCAGCACUAAGAGCCGCGAGAUUUACACAGGGAUCUGGAGGAGCUGCUUGCAAGGUAAGUCAGCGCUUGCUGAUGCUGAGCCACCACUGUACUUAACAAGCCACUGGACCACCAGGGAAUACUAUAUCCCCCCUCCCUGGUAAAAAGCAGGGAGGGGGGACUAAAAAAAAAAAAAAAUUUUUUUUUAAAUAUUUAAAUAUUUAAAAAAAUAUAAAAUAAACUCCCCCCCCAUUUUACACAACUUACAUCACUACACAAACACACACUGCAUUACAUACACACAACACACACACACACACUGCAUUACAUACACACACACACACACACACACACUGCAUUACAUACACCCACUACACACACACGCUGCAUUACAUACACACACACACACACACACACACACACACUGCAUUACAUGCACACACACUACACAAACACACACAGCUCCCCUGUCUAAACACACUUCAUCCACUACAUGUGGCAUGUAUAUUAUGUGCAUUUACCUUUCAAAUUAUUUUAUUUUUUCUAAAUAGUAAAUUUACAGAAUAUCGGCUAUCGGCCUGAAAGUUCACAGAUUAUCGGUAUCGGCUCUAAAAAAUCACUAUCGGUCGAUCCCUCAUUUAAAAUAUAUAAAUAAUUGAGAAUACAAUAUAAAUAUAGACAUAUAAAAACGUAAUAAUGCAUGACAAUAAUUUAUAGCAGAGUUUAUAAGAUUAAAGUAUAUGCUUACAAUAUCAGUAAAGUUGAAAAACAUACCAUCUUAAACAAGUCAACCUCUCAGUCUUAGUGACUGCAGCCUUAGCAAGCCCUCCUCUUUUUUCCCGGAACAGGCUUGCAGUCUCUUAACAGGAAACUAACCAAUCAGUGGCUUCUUAUUGAGAAUCUCCCUGGCUGUUUGAGUGACAGCAAAUCUCCCUGGCAAAUUUAUAAAAGAAUUGAUUUCUCAUAGAAAUCAGCACUUUUAUAAACUGGGGUUAAACUAGUCUGCUCCUCACUCAUAAAGCACUUCAGAAAGUGCAGUUUUCAUUCUAAAAACUUGUAAUAUUUGUAUAUGCCUAAAACAUAAGUAAGGUUUGCUUUAUAUGUUCCUACACCUUUAAACCAAGGCAUGGCAGAUGCCGUGUUUAAGGAACGUGCACAUCCUUGUUCGACGCACGUGGCUUGUGUAUAGCAGAGUUUGAGAUAUUCUGCUCAAAGUCUUAAUGAUAGUAUAUUAAAAUAUUACUGCAGAUUAGUAUUAGUGAUAUUUUAUUAAAAUAUUACUGCAGAUUAGUGUUAGUGGUAAUUAGCUACUUUAGAAGUAUAAAAGGCUUAGAACCUAACCCACACCCAAAGAUCCCACUAAAGGCAUAGAACUGAGAAAAAAUAGCAAAAGGAGUUCAGACAUAUUUAUAAAAAAUAAAAAACAAAACCAUACAUUGAUAUUAUGUGACAAGUCAAUAUUUUUUUUUUUUACAUUUGUCCCUUUCAUUGUGAGCAUACCACUCAAUUCUUGAGGCGGUGUGGCCAGGGAAGGAUUUUUUUUUUUAAAUUAGCAAUUUAUACAGCUAAAAUGUAAUUUAGAUCAAUAACAAUGCAUCUUAUUUACACAGGCUGAUUUAUAAACACAUUUAUUGUAGUUUAAAGAGACAUUAAUGAGGAUAUUAUUGUUGUGGAUAUAUAAAGCGUCUAGAUAGACUCGGAUAGACAAGAGGGACAGAAAUAUUUGGGUUCAAAAUAGGAACGGUCCCACCUACAUAGGGAAAGUUGGGAAGUAUGUUAUGAUAAUGAAAAUAACAUAUUAUUGAGGGGCGUGGCAGGUCAAUGGAGGGAGACAGAUGCAGACUGUAGGCCACAGCUCACAAAGCCCUAACUCAAGGCAAUUUUCACUUUGCAAAAUGGGAAAAAACAAACGCCUCGGUAUCGGGCCCCACUAGACAGUUAACUGGUCUGAUGGACAAUUUUGUCUCCACCCUGGACGGCUUCCAAGACACAUGGCCACUAGGCAAAAUGGCGCCGGCAUCACCAGGCUCCGAGAGUGUAGAAGACUCUAUUCCUGGCUCGGCCCGCGGAGAGACACUUACUCAGAUUUCUGCUGAACUUGCCUCCAUCUCCGCAAACAUGCUUACCCGUAGUGACUAGAUGGCUAUGGUUACGGAGCUGAGAGCAGUGAUCCGCGAAGAAAUUACUGAAGUGCGCAGGGACCUCACGACUCUCGAAACCUGUGUGGGGGAGCUGGAAGCUGAAGGCCAGCGCGCUGUGCAACAUUUCCAGGCCGCGGAUUUGGCUACCUCCAGACAAGGUUCUGUGCUCCUUAAGCUACGGCGACAGAUGGAGGACCUAGACGAUAGGGGUCUGCUCUGUCCCCCCCCCCCUUCCGGCACUGGACAUGCCUGAACUCAUAGCUUUUGCCCCCGCACCCCUGAGUGCAGACCCCUUCAGGGUGGGACUGGCCCCAACACACGCUUUGGGUGGGGGCCGCUUGGAAUAUGGCUGGGAACUAUGACGCAUACGUGGCGGUCAGCUAUAACAUUUUCUUGCUCACUCAUGAGCCUCGCUUUACAGCCCUCCUCAGUAUCAUCGGUAUGUUAUCUAUUGCACGGUGGGUCCUUAUGGCUGGGGAGAAGUCAUGGCUAGGGCAUGCGCUCAUCUCAUUUAACUGCUCUAUGAUAAGUGCUGAAGGAUGCAUUUGAAUGUUAGUAUUAUCCAGUGGUGUGGGGGGGAUGUGGUUCGUUGCUCCUGGUGCUUACACCAUAUGCCCCGGCAUGGCAUGGCCUGGCCGCCUCUGGCUCCCCCACGGGCCCCACCGAGUGUCCCAAUCUACAACGUGACCCCCUGGUGGUGGGGGUCCCCAAGACAGGGACUGACGGACUCUUCCCCGACAGCCCGGGACAUACAUGUGUUGGGGUGGGGCUCUGGGUGACCUUGCUGCAAGUUACACAUAUACUUUGACGCUGCUACCCACUAUUACCCUGGUGAGUGCCCAUCACAGACUGCCCAUUGUCCCGGGUGGUGUGGGGGUUGGAUCCGAUAAGUGGCUGGCGUGGGGUGCACAGGGGGUGUCAGUUGCCACAGGUGGGUACAGGGGUUGUCUCCCCGGGGCCUGGGAGCCACAGCCUGCUUAUUCCUCUUUGCUUUGGCCUUGGUGCGGGUGGGGUUACGGGAUCAUGACGGAUCCGGGCCUGACCUUGCUGCUAGAGUUGGAACACAAUGCCAUUGUUAAUACCCAAUAUUUCUCACAGUUAUGCACAUGUUAAUUAGGAAGGUUACUAUGCUGUACCUAUGUGAGCUGUGCCCCUGAGCCCCCCAUGCAAAGGACUCUCAUUGUACAUAUACGAUCGGUGGGAGGGAGUGGACAGUGGCCUCAGGGCCUGUGUACCCCUGGCCAACACUCCCCGAUCUAGAGUCGUGUUUGCUUGAUCUACCACCAAUUCCGUUCCUCCCUCCUCCUUCUUUGGACUCUUCUCCCCUCCCCUCCCCCUUGGAUUCCCUUCUGACUCCCUUCUCUUCCCUCCCUCCAUAGCCUUCCUACAAGAAACACAAUUUAGGGAGGGCAUGGCCCCGGCGCUCCGGGACAAACGCUACCACCUGGAUUUCUUUGCCAACCACAAUGAGCACAAGAAGUCAGGCGUGGCGAUCUUGGCUGCCCAUACUAUCCCGUUCAUGUGCCAGGCUACACUCACACACAUUAGGAAGGUUUCUUUUUGUUAAAGGCACUAUAGAAGGCCGCACGUACACCUUUACCUGUAUCUACUGCCCUAACCGUAGAUAACACACCUUCCUCACUAAAACCCUCACCACACUUCAGAAGUUCCGGGAUGGCCGGCUGGUUCUGGCUGAUGAUCUCAACAUACCCCUAGAGCCACAGAUGGACACGUCCAGAGAGACUAGCACACUGUCACCACACUGUAUACACUCAACACGGGUGGCUUUACGCAGUUGGGUUUGGUGGAUUGCUGGAGAGUAGCACACCCUGAGGAUAGAGAUUUCACACAUUACUCCCCAGUCCACAAACAUUAUAGCCACGUAGACUAUGUCUUUGUAGCGGAGGAAUACCUCUCUCUCCUGUUGACCAGAGACAUAGGGAUCUUCUGUACCUCUGACCUUGCCCCAGUCCCCGCGCAGCUCAAAUCGCCUUUGUUCAAACCCUCUGACCGCCAGUGGAAACUGAACGAAAACCUCCUAAUGAACCCAGAUGACAUCGCACAGACUAAACAGGUGCUGACACAUACUUUGAUAAUAAUACUAACCCCAAGGUACCCCCCCCCACCCCUGAUGAUCUGGGAAGCGCAUACGUGCGUAAUUGGAGGGCACUAUAUUAACAUCUGCUCCCAGUGAAAGAAAGAACGUACUAACCACAUAUACGACCUACUUAAAUGCAUUGCAGACUUGGAACAGAUGCAUAAACAUACCUUGACGGAUGACAUAUUCAUGCGACUGACGGUAGCUCAUAGACAGCUCAGAGGACACCAAUCACAAACACUCCUACACACACUGCGAAAAUCCAAGAGGUUCGUUUUUGAAUACUCUAACAAAUCCGGUCGCCUUCUUGCCCGGAUGUUAUAGAAACAAAGGAAGACACAACACAUACAUAAAAUCACAACAAGGAAACAAGGUUUCCCAAAGAGAUCCCUGGAGCAUUCUACAACUACUACACCCACCUCUACAACAUAUCCCCUCCCCGCCAGGGCGUAGCUUCCCAACAACACCACAGGAGGAUAACUGUUUUUCUUGAACAAAACCUUGCUAGGAAGGUCACACCAGGCGUGGCAGAGGAGUUGGAAUGACCCCUGACCUUGGAGGAGCUGAGGGUCGGGGGGGAGAGGGUAGGAAAGGGGGAUAGGAGGGGGGGUAGGGGGACACCCAUCGGUCACCUCAUACUAUUAGGUUGCACACCUACUCCGCUUAGCAGAGUGGCACGUCCCCUCAACUCCCAAACUGUGGGUGACAAUGGAGCUACGGCAGGGCGAUGCCCGGCUCUGGUUGGGGGACACCACACGCCUCCCUACGCACAGGGAACCCACUAAUAGAGGCCACCCUACGAGUGUGGUGCUCCCUACGAUACUCUCACCAGCUGACCACAGUCCCUAGCCCACUGACCCCAGGAGGGCAUGGGGCCAAAAGACCUACGGGGCUUCCCUAUUUCGGACUGGACGUACCUGCGCAAAUGGUGUACCGCGGACACGCUCAAAACACAAGCAGAGUUACUAACUGAGGGUCACCCGACAGGGCUACAACAGUUCCGGUACCACAAGGUCAAAGGGUACUACACUUCCCUGAGUGAUAGGCCUCAGCUGCACCGGACCCUUACCCAGUUCUAAACCCUAUGCACCUCGCGAACAAAUAUCCCCAGGGGGAUCUCCACACUAUACACUAUGCUCUUCCACAGACCCACAGAUUCAUGUGAGAUGGGAGCGGGAGACACUCACUGACCAGGAAUGGUACAAGAUAUACAUUCUGACCCAUAAAUGCUCCAUAAGCUCUAAGUACCAGGAAAUGAGCUAUAAAGUGCUGACCAACUGGUGCAGGACGCCUGACGUGCUCCACCGAAUGAACCCGAUAACCCCUGAGGAAUGCUGGCGCAGCAGGUCCCACACGGGCACAGUUCUCCACAUUUGGUGGUCCUGCCCUCCCAUCGCCACAUUUUCGACAAUGAUGCACACCAAAUCAGGGAAAUCACUGAAUCCAACCUCCUAUCCCAACCGCUCCCUAUGCUUUUACACCACACCACAGUACCCCUAAAGGCCUGCAAGAGAUCACUAACCAAACACCUACUCACGGCAGCUAAAUCCCUAGUCCCAACCCUGUGGCGACGCCCGGGGGUGCCUACUCUCCAGUAGUGGAUAGAUAGGGUGGAGGAGAUCUCCGAAAUUGAAUCCCUCACUUGCACCCUAAGGGGCACCUCAAAAAAACACCUUUCCACCUGGACCCCCUGGCUGGAGUACAUUUCUCAAAGACCUCGGGCAUAAGAUAAGCAUCUUAUAGAUAAGCCUUGACCCAUCUCCCUUCCCCCCCCUUUUUUCUGUAUCUCUCUUCCUUCCUAUCUUUCUUUCCUCUUCUCUUCCCCACCUCUUCUUCUCCUCACCCUUUUAUUUCUCUUCCCUCCCCUGUUCACCCACUUCCCUUGCUUCCACUCUCCUGCAGUUCAGUUCAUCACAACUGCUCUCCCUUAGCUACAUAAUCUUUGGCCCACAUGGGCACGACCUAAGCGACUGCCCGAACAGUACCCCCAAGUAUACUCGGGCGUAAGUGCUGGCGGCUCAGUACAACGGUUAUUUGGAUCUUACAAGGUACACCUCAAUAGAUCUGGGUCACACACCUUGCUACUUUUCUGUAUUUUGUGGAUAUACUGAUGUUAAAGGACCACUAUAGUGCCAGGAAAACAUACUAGUUUUCCUGGCACUAUAGUGCCCUGGGGAUGCCCCCACCCUCAGGGACCCCCUCCCGCCCGGUUCUGGAAGGGGGAAAGGGGUUUAAACUUACCUUUUUCCAGCGCUGGGCGGAGAGCUCUCCUCCUUCUCUCCUCCUCCGUUCCGCCCCAUCGGCUGAAUGCGCACGCGCGGCAAGAGCUGUGCGCGCAUUCAGCCGGUCGCAUAGGAAAGCAUUAUCAAUGCUUUCCUAUGGACGCUUGCGUGCUCUCACUGUGAAAAUCACAGUGAGAAACACGCAAGCGCCUCUAGCGGAUGUCAAUGAGACAGCCGCUAGAGGGAAUGGGGGAAGGCUUAACCCAUUCAUAAACAUAGCAGUUUCUCUGAAACUGCUAUGUUUAUUAAAAAAUGGGUUAACCAUAGCUGGACCUGGCACCCAGACCACUUCAUUAAGCUGAAGUGGUCUGGGUGCCUAGAGUGGUCCUUUAAUUGUUACCCCUGCAAGAUAGACAGUGCUGAUGUAUGUCUUACGCACCUGUACCAACUUGCGAAGUGCAUCCAUGAACUUGUUUCAUAAUUUGUAUCUUGUUAUCCUAACCUGCUUGAUGCUUGUUAACACUGGAUUCAUAAUUCCUUUUAUUAUUCACUCUUUACUUAUGAAAACACAAAAUAAAAAUUGUAAAACAAAAAUAGCAUUAUUAUUAUUAUUGGUAUUUAUAUUGCGCCAGCUUAUUCCGCAGCGCUUUACAAUACAAUGAAUGUUACGUAUUAAGGGCUUCAACAUUCUAAAAAUUUCUCACACUCAUGUGCUAGAUCUCUGUGUAUGCCGUCCCGGAGAAGAUCGAGCAGGGUGCUUACGCUCUAGAGGCUGCAGUGAAGCUCUUGGACUUCUAUGAAGAAUAUUUUGACAUUCCAUAUCCAUUGCCAAAGCAAGGUAAUUUUUAAAACUGAGACAGAAAAACGUCAAAUCGCAUGAAAAAUACAUUUGCUGAAAUAAAACGUGAUACGUAAUUGUUUAAGUAAUGAGAGCUGAAAUACAGGUUAUAUGGGCAGUAAAAUGUGUUGCGUUUUUCUUUACUGUGGAGAAACACUAUGUGUUGCGCUAUGUUUUUCUUUACUAUGGAAAACUUAAGUCAAACUAUUUUUUUACAUGAACCUCAAUUGCCCACAGCCUCCUGACAUAUGUAUAGUGAGAGUAACUAAUCCUCAGUUGUGUAAUAUAGGUUACAGAAAGCUACUUUACCCUCCCACCCCAUUGCCUUUUACAGUGCUGACUGGCAACCUGUAUAUAUUGUUUUUAUAAUUAGUGCUAUAACAUUAGAGAUUUGACCGUGGAUAUACCCAAGCAGUCCUAGGUUUUCUUGGCAGUCCUGCAUUAGAAUCCGGUGUUGCUGGGCCAGGUUUGUUCUUCGAUGCUCCAAUAAGCAAGGAGUGAGCGCGUCAUUCGAAGCUUUGUGCAAACUCAUCUUAAGGCAACCAGCCCAUGUAAGAGUGGUUUACCAGCUACGUACAUGCGCUACCCCUGGUAGGGUUGAACAGGGUAGUGACAUUUGUUUGUGAUGGCCUGCCUGCCGCAUCACUAGAGACAAACACAGCAUCACAUUAAUAUCCUGGCCUGUCUCACACAUUACUUUUAUUAUUAUUUUUUAAGCAAAUUAAUCCUUACUCUUAUUUUUUUAGAAACAGCUUUGACAUUAUUGAUUACUUUUAUUUUAAAGAUUUAGCUGCCAUUCCUGAUUUUCAAUCCGGUGCCAUGGAAAACUGGGGACUGACAACCUACAGGGAAUCUUCGUUGCUUUAUGACCCAAAAAUAUCAACAGCCUCCCAAAAACUGUGGAUAACCAUGGUGAUCGCUCAUGAACUUGCCCAUCAGGUUGGUGCCAGAGAUAAAGCCAUCUAAUAAACACACAGUAAUGUCUCCAUGAUAUAACCUAGAAAAAUGACGUAGUAUUUACAUUGAUUUUAUUUCCCUAUAGCAGAUUUGUGAAAUGUUUUGUUGUUGGUAUUACAUUAACAAAAUAAGUCAUGCACCGGUAAUACAGAGGUAUUACAAUAACAGGAUAAGGCAUGCACUGGUAUUACAGUAACAGGAUAAGGCAUGCACUGGUAUUACACAGGUAUUAGAGUAACAAAAUAAGGCAUUCACCGGUAUUACACAGGUAUUACAGUAACAGGAUAAGGCAUGCACCAGUAUUACACAGGUAUUAUAGUAAGAAAAUAAGACAUGCACCGGUAUUACAGAGGUAUUAUAGUAACAGGAUAAGGCAUGCACCGGCAUUACAGUAACAGGAUAAGGCAUGCACAGGUAUUAGAGUAACAAAAUAAGGCAUGCACCAGUAUUACACAGGUAUUACAGUAACAGUAUAAGGCAUGCAUCGGUAUUACACAGGUAUUACAGUAACAGGAUAAGGCAUGCACCCCUAUUACACAGGUAUUACAGUAACAGGAUAAAGCAUGCACCGGUAUUACACAGGUAUUACACUAACAGGAUAAGGCAUGCACCGGUAUUACACAGGUAUUACAGUAACAAAAUAAGGCAUGCACCGGUAUUAAACAGGUAUUAGAGUAACAAAAUAAGGCAUGCACCGGUAUUACACAUAGAAUGUGACGGCAGAUAAGAACCAUUCGGCCCAUCUGCCCAAUUUUCUAAAUACUUCCAUUAGUCCCUGGCCUUAUCUUAUAGUUAGGAUAGCCUUAUGCCUAUCCCAUGCAUGCUUAAACUCCUUUACUGUGUUAACCUCUACCACUUCAGCUGGAAGGCUAUUCCAUGCAUCCACUACCCUCACAGUAAAGUAAUGCUUCCUGAUAUUAUUUUUAUACCUUUGUCCCUCUAAUUUAAGACUAUGUCCUCUUGUUGUGGUAGUUUUUCUUCUUUUUAAUAUAGUCUCCUCCUUUACUGUGUUGAUUCCCUUUAUAUAUUUAAAUGUUUCUAUCAUAUCCCCCCUGUGUCAUCUUUCCUCCAAGCUAUACAUGUUAAGAUCCUUUAACCUUUCCUGGUAAGUUUUAUCCCGCAAUCCAUGAACCAGUUUAGUAGCCCUUCUCUGAACCCUCUCUAAGGUAUCAAUAUCCUUCUGAAGAUACGGUCUCCAGUACUGUGUACAAUACUCCAAGUGAGGUCUGUGUUCUGUACAAUGGCAUGAGCACUUCCCUCUUUCUACUGCUAAUACCUCUCCCUAUACAACCAAGCAUUCUGCUAGCAUUUCCUGCUGCUCUAUUACAUUGUCUGCCUACCUUUAAGUCAUCAGAAAUAAUCACCCCUAAAUCCCUUUCCUCAUAUGUUGAGGUUAGAACUCUAUCAAAUAUUCUGUACUCUGCCCUUGGGUUUUUACGUCCAAGAUGCCUUAUCUUGCACUUAUCCACAUUAAAUGUCAGUUGCCACAAUUCUGACCAUUUUCUAGUUUACCUAAAUCAUUUGUCAUUUGGCUUAUCCCUCCUGGAACAUCAACCCUGUUACAUAUCUUAGUAUCAUCAGCAAAAAGACAUACCUUACCAUCAAGACCUUCUGCAAUAUCACUAAUAAAAAUAUUAAAGAGAAUGGGUCCAAGUACAGAUCCCUGAGGUACCCCACUGGUGACAAGUCCAAGCUUCGAAUAUAUUCCAUUAACUACAACCCUCUGUUGAUAUUGGUGCGGUGUAAGUGACAAGGACCUACACCUAUAAGUGGAGCGCUCAAACACAGAUAAAUCUUACCAAAACGUAGUCUCAUUCAAUGGUAAAAUAUGGGGUACAUGUCAACAUAAAAUACAGAAAAUACAAUAUAGUGUAGAUGGUACUAAAAAAUGGCUUCACAGUGAUUAUAAUAAUAUUGUGUUGAAUAUUACACUCACAUUUCAAGGAGCCUGUAUAUAGAAAACACUGGCUCCGUAUAAAGGCUUGUGUGCUGUUAUGGUAGCACCACCCUCCAAUACGCGUUUCACUACGCGUUUCCAAUACGCGUUUCACCCUCCAAUACGCGUUUCACUCUCAAAUAGAGCUUCUUCAGUCAGCUGACUGAAGAAGCUCUAUUUGAGAGUGAAACGCGUAUUGGCCAUUUUUAAAGGACUUUUAUUUGAGGACUUUUAUCAUCUUUGUUUUUAUGUUUAUUUUAAACUAAUAAAUUCACCAUUUUUAUUCAAUACCUCAUCCAAGUUCCUUUUGGAGCCUCCAAGGAAUCCUCACAGGGGUAGUGCCAUCCCCAUUCAAACUGGCACAAAAUCCACAUACCUAGAGCCGGGAUUCGUAGGCUCAGGACCAGGUGAGCACCCCAUUUAUUGAACACAUAUCUGUGCCAUCUAUCACCAUAAGUCUACACAUUGGUUUGCUUUCUUCUCUUUUUUUCGUGUUCCUGAGAAAUUCUUCAAGCCGAAGUAGGAGGGUGGUGCUACCAUAACAGCACACAAGCCUUUAUACGGGGCCAGUGUUUUCUAUAUACAGGCUCCUUGAAAUGUGAGUGUAAUAUUCAACACAAUAUUAUAAUCACUGUGAAGCCAUUUUUUAGUACCGUCUACACUAUAUUGUAUUUUCUGUAUUUUAUGUUGACAUGUACCCCAUAUUUUACCAUUGAAUGAGACUACGUUUUGGUAAGAUUUAUCUGUGUUUGAGCGCUCCACUUAUAGGUGUAGGUCCUUGUCACUUACACCGCACCAAUAUCUACUAAAUUUAUUCAGUGGAAUAGAGGAUAUUUCCACACUAGUGUAUUGAGCUGCCUGUAACUCACUUUUUGACUCUUUUGAGCACUUUUGUUAUACACACUCCUCUGUAAAAAGAGGCAACCUUUGAUUGGUAUUCAUACAACCCUCUGUUGCCUGUCACUCAGCCACUGCCUUACCCAUUCAACAAUAUUGGAAUCCAAACUUAAAGAUUGCAGUUUAUUGAUAAGCCUUCUAUGUGCAACAGUGUCAAGAGCCUUACUGAAAUCUAGGUAAGCAAUGUCUACUGCACCACCCUGAUCUAUAAUUUUAGUUACCCAAUCAAAAAAAUCAAUAAGAUUAGUUUGGCAUGAUCUCCCUGAAGUAAACCCAUGUUGUCUCUGAUCUUGAAAUCCAUGUGUUUUUAGAUGUUCAUCAAUCCUAUCCUUUAACAUGGUUUCCAUCACUUUCCCCACUACUGAAGUAAGGCUUACUGGCCUAUAAUUGCCCAACUCCUCCCUAUUACCUUUCUUGUAAAUGGGCACAACAUUCGCUAACUUCCAAUCUUCUGGGACUACUCCUGUUAACAAUGAUUGGUUAAAUAAAUCUGUUAAUGGUUUUGCUAGUACACCACUAAGCUCUUUUAAUAGCUUUGGGUGUAUUCCAUCAGGUCCCAUUGACUUAUUUGUCUUUACUUUUGACAGUUGAAAUAGAACCUCUUCCUCUGUAAACUCAUGUGUAAUAAAUGACUCAUUUAUCCUUUUUCUCAACUGAGGUCCCUUGCCUUCAUUUUCAUCUGUAAAUACAGAACAAAAAUAUUCAUUGAGGCAGUCGGCUAGACCUUUAUCCUCUUCUAUAUACCUUCCUUCUUUUGUUUUUAAUCUAACUAAUCCUUGUUUUACUUUUCUUUUCUCAUUUAUGUAUCUAAAAAAUGUUUUAUCCCCCUUUUUUUACUGACUGUGCUAUUUUCUCUUCUGUGUGUGAUUUGAAAGCUCUUAUAACUUGCUUAGCCUCUUUCUGCCUAAUCUUAUAGAUCAUUUUGUCUUCCUCACUCUUGUUUUUAACUAUUUUGGCCACAUUUGUGGAGUACCACAGUGGUUUCUUGAAUUUUUUGCUUUUACUGACAAGCCUAAUGAAAUUUUCAGUUGCUUUCAAUAGUGCAACGUUUAAAUAAUCCCAUUUCUCUUGGACUCCAUUUAAAUUGCUCCAGUCUGAUAAUGACUCCUCUACCCAUAUUCUAAUUUUAGAAAAGUCUGUUUUUCUAAAGUCUAAAACUUUUGUUUUUGUGUGGUGUGACUCAAUCACUGUUCUUAUAUUAAACCACACUGACUGAUGAUCACUGGAUCCUAAACUUUCACCUACAGUAAUAUCUGAUACCAAAUCUCAAUUUGUUAACACUAAAUCUAGUAUGGCCUCUUUACGAGUUGGCUCCUCAACAACUUGUUUUAGAGACAAUCCCAGUAGGGAGUUUAGAAUAUGUGUGCUCCUGGCACAAGUAGCUAAUUUUGUUUUCCAAUUUACAUCAGGAAGAUCAAAGUCACCCAUGAUGAUAACUUCCCCCUUCAUUGUAAUUUUAGCUAUUUCCUCAACUAGUAGAUUAUCUAACUCUUCAAUUUGUCCUGGGGGCCUAUAAAUCACACCUACACGAGUUACUGUGUGAUUACCAAAUUCUAACGUAGCCCAAACGGACUCUAUGUUUGCCUCACUAACUUUUAUUAGGCUAGAUUUUAUGCUAUCCUUCACAUACAAGGCUACCCCUCCCCCUUUCUUGCCUUCCCUAUCUUUCCUAUAUAAAGAGUACCCUGGUAUUGCUAUGUCCCAGUCAUUUUUCUAAUUAUACCAUGUCUCAGUAACAGCGACUAAAUCUACACUAUCAGUUGCCAUUAUUGCCACAAGUUCAUGGAUCUUAUUCCCUAAACUGCGAGCAUUUGUAGACAUGACUCUAAGCUUAUCAUUUUUUAACACACUUGCUACAGGCACCUUCUGUCCUUGUUUUGGGGGACAAUUGGAUUGAUGUUUUAUUUUGCACCGGUAUAACACAGGUAUUACAGUAACCGCAUAAGGCAUGUACCGGUAUAACACAGGUAUUACACUAACAGGAUAAGGCAUGCACCGGUAUUACACAGGUAUUACAGUAACAAAAUAAGGCAUGCACCGGAAUUACACAGGUAUUACAGUAACAGAAUAAAGCAUGUAUCGGUAUUACAGAAAGGAAAUAAGGUAUGGCAGAUCUGGGAAGCAGAAACCCAACCAUUUUAGUAUUGAAGUAAAUGUAUCAUUGUUGACCAAAUGACAUACUGGAUCUGACAGUUUGUGUGUAUCCUCCAUAUUAUUCUGCGUUUGCCUGAAUAUAUUUGAUUUGUCUACAGAAGAUCCUGGACUCUGGUUCCUUUACCAUUAGUGUUGUAGAGAAAGAUUGGUGUCUCUCCCUGGGACAGAGCGCUGGUCAUACACUUCUUACAGCUAUAAGUGCUUCUAAAAUCACUGCAGCCCAGCGUAUUAGUACUGCUCAGUAUAAUGCUUAUAUUGUCAAGUGCCUCAUGGUUUCAGCUCCUUGUCAAAGAGUUUGGGAGUGGUUUCAAAAAAGCCAGCAGCCCUCUCCCUGGCCAUAUUAUUAAUUAUUAUUAUUAGAAUUAAUAUAAUUAUAUUUUAGAAUUUACACGUCCACAUGAUGUCUGUCAAUGUCAUUUAACCUGGCGGACAGUGGAUGGCUGAGAAUACAGAUUUUAUUAUUUUGUGGAAUGGAGUGCCAGUUGCUAUCCUGCAUCAGGUAGAUAAAUAUUUCUUCUUUAAACACAACUAUAAGUCUUGUAAAGAAAAAAAGAACAACUAUUUGGAACUGGACUGUGCAUCAUCAUCUAUUCCUACCCUGUCCGUAAGCCUGUUAGUCUAAAUCGGUCUGUUGAAAUAGAUGAUCGUAUAUGCCAUAGACCAUACAUCCCCAGCAGUCAAAGAGUUAAAGUUCACUGACCAAUUAAAUGUGUUAUAAUGUCUAUCUGUGACUUUCCUAAUUUUAGUGGUUUGGAAACUUGGUAACAAUGGAGUGGUGGAACGAUCUCUGGCUGAAUGAAGGAUUCGCAAAAUUCAUGGAGUAUAUUGCCGUUGCCAUCACGUAUCCAGAACUGCAAGUCGUGAGUUCAGUUGUAUUUUGUUUCCAAAGACACAGCAGCUUGAACCUCCCCCCUCCCCCCACCCAACACAACUUUAAUUUGUACAUUUUUAAAUUUGCCUUUAUUUCCUAAACCUUACCUUCCACACCGAACCCUACAACCUACACACAAUACAUCCAAUGCCUGCCAUGUUUUUUAUACUAUUGACUAGUAACUGUACUGUACCUUAUAUGUUUGUGUUCUGCGCUUAGAAAUGUAAAAAACAAAAUUUAUAUUUAUCUAUUCAUUCUAUGGCUAGUUCUCUGUAAGCCUGUAACAAUGGCAUAAAUAAAUACACAAAAAUUAAAUAAAAUGUGUAUAACAUUUUUGUGGUCAAUAUGGGGUAUACAAAGUACAUUUCUGGCAGAUUUCAGAAUUUUUUAUUUUUUAUUUUUUUAUGUCUGUAUCCAAAUAAGUAAUUUUCUAUCUGUUGCUGUUGAAAGUAUAUUGGCUAUCGCUGGCCCAGUUGGGGUUUCUGGGCCAUUUCACAUUAGGUUGUAUAGUUCCACUUGGCUAGUGCACAUCUUAUAGACAGCAGAGGUUACUGGAGCGGCGCGGAGCUGUGCUAACCAAAGUCUAGGAUCUUUGAGUGUUUGUCCAGUUGAGUGAGCUGUAUGUUACGUGAGACACGGUCCUACAUGACAAUGCUAAAUAUUUCUCUUGUUCUUUAGGAAGAUCUGUUAUUGGACAAAUAUUUCAAUGCCAUGGAUGUAGAUUCCCUAAACUCAUCUCACGCUGUCUCUGCACUAGUCGAAACCCCAGAACAGAUACAAGAGAUGUUUGAUGAAGUCUCCUAUGAUAAGGUACUGCAAUGUUUUUACAUCUUGUCCAUUUGUAUGUGUGAGGUUGUAUUGUAUAGAAACUGAAGUCCACAACUGUAUUAAAGGACCACUAUAGUGCCAGGAAAACAAACUAGUUUUCCUGUCACUAUAUGGUCUUUAGGUCCCCCCCACCCUCAUGGUCCCCCUCCCACUGGGCUGAAGAAGGGGUUAAACGCUUGCCUUUCUUCAGCGCCAGGCUCCCUCAGCGCUGGGGACUCUCCUCCCUCUUCGACCGAAUGUGCAUGCGUGGCAAGAGCCGCGCGCGCAUUCAGUCAGUCCAUAGGAAAGCAUUACUCAAUGCUUUCCCAUGGACGCUGGCGUCUUCUCACUGUGAAAAUCUCUCUGAAACUGCUAUGUUUACAGCAGGCAGGGUUAACCCUAGAUGGACCUGGCACCCAGACCACUUCAUAAGGACCAAGCUUCUGGAAUAAAAUGGAAUCAUGACGUGUCAGGCAUGUCAUGUGUCCUUAAGGGGUUAAUUUAUACAGCUGAAUUAAUUUACAAACUGUUACAAUUGUGUACAGACACUCCUCACUUACCGACCGGAUUCCAUUCUUACAACUCGGUCGGAAAAUGAGGAUGCGCUACAGAGCACGUGCACCAGUGCAGGUCUGUGUUUGGGGAAAUUUAGAGCAGGGAACCCCUCUAAUCUAUGUUCAGUGUACAUUCUCCAAAUGACCAGCUCUCUAACGUGGGGAAUCCCUUGAAUCCCCAUGCUAGAGAGCUGGCCAUUGUUAAACAGGUAAGUCGUAAAGGGAGGACUGCCUGUAUUUCAAUUUAGUUUGUAGGAUCUCAUUCAUUUGUGAAGCUUUUUGUCUGUUUUUUUUCCUUCCUUCUCAUAAUGUUCAUUGUGAAUCUGUGUGCACAUGUAUGUGUAUCUCCUUGUCAAGGUUUGUGUGUGUGUGUGUGUGUGUUAUCGUGUGGCUCUAUCACUAGCUGUGGAGUUGUAUAGAAUCGAUUAUGAUUAGUAUUUAUAAAGCGCCAAAAUAUUCCAAAGCGCGUAACAAUGAUAGAAAGGAGAUACUGAGAGGUGAAAAAGGUAUGCUCAAACAAGCUCACAACCUAUAAGGAUUUGAGAUAGGCAGAUACAUAUCGUUAGGUGUCUAGUCCAACGCACAUUACGGCUGAUGUAACCAGCCAAUAUAUAGAUUAUAAGGUUGCACAAUUUGCCCAUUUUACAUGUGUGUUGCUUUUAAUAACGACACAAGCAGAUUACACCAAUUUGGUUUUUUUGGGGGGGGGAGGUGGCUGGUAUUACUGUAUAAUUAAAGAAAGGAGUAUUAAACAUAUUUUUUUUUUUUUAAUUCUUUAUUUUAUUUGUGCAUGAAGUAACAACAAGCGUGCAGAGCCACGACAGCCGCUGCAAGCAGAUUCAUAGCAUUUCAAAGUGUGGCAGGUUAAACAGCACAUUUUUUUUUUUUCCCCUCAUGAAAAUAACAUGCUAUAAGACAUUCGUGGUUUGCAAUAAACAUGCUAUGCUAAAUGUGUAUAUAACAGAAUUGUUCUCGCUUAAUGUUAUGGUAAGGUGUGUAGCCCUGCAAUUCGUGUGUGGACAGGCGUUUAUAACUAAGUCAACAUUGCAGCAAUUCAGGUUCUCACUUGGUUAUUUAUAUUUGACAUUAUAAAUCAUGCUGCAGUGCGGUUCGUUGUGCUAGUUUGUGCGUUGCUUGUAGGGUUGCUGUGUAAGUGCGUGCUUAUGAGUGCCAUGUAAACUUUGUGUGCAUAAGCUUACUACAUAGGCUAUUCAGUCAAGUCUAGCUACUAGAGAUCAGAACAUGAGCUAGCAUAAGAAAUAUAACUGAAAUGCAUACAUUUAGUUUUGUGACUCAGAUAACUAGCUAGAUAUGGAGGUAUGAGUAAUUAUCACAUUAGGUUGACAUGCUAAUAAACCGUGACAGGCUAAUAUUCCACUGGGUACCACACUGUAUAGAUUUUAGAUUCCAUCAACACACUGUAUAGAUAAAAUAAAGAGAGAGCUUGAAUAGAACAGGAUUGAACCCCCUGCGCCCCCUGCUCGUAGAGAAAACAAAAAUUAAUAACGGCUAACCAGCUGAACAUAAUUUCAAUUAAUACCACCAGAGUAAGCAUAUGAGAGUUUGUGGGUAUGUGCACUGAGCGCAGAUACCAAAUCGGGUAGGUAGUUGAGUCUCUCUGGAAGACAGAGUGGUGUGCCAACGGCUGUUCUCACUUGCCCCAUGCUGAUCAUGUUGUGCCAUCUCUUCCUGCUUCAUUCAUGGCAGCGUCGUUCCCUCUCCCAGUCUUGAGCUCAGAUGUGGAGUAGUGGGUGGUCGGCUGGGGUCCGGCCCAAAUGUGUGUCUUGUGCUUUCCCAGCUCGGUAGAUGAGCUGCUGAUCCUGACCUUGCCAGGGAGUAGGCUGGUGGUGGUCUGGUGCCGUUGGGCCUCCCCCCAGAGUGUACCGCUACCAUGUGGGGUGCCAUAUCGCCUGGCUUGAGGCUUGGGUAGGUAGAACCUGGUAGCUGGUUACAGGUGUUGCUGGGGCCAGGGGUUCACUCAGUCCCCUUGUUGGUAGCGAGGGGUUUCUCUGGGUGCUGCGUUGCGGUUAGUCCAUGCGGCGGCCAUUUAAGGUUUGGGGCAGUUGGAGUGCGCCCUGCAGGCUUCGUUGAGGGCUGCGUCGGUAGUGGAGACCGGGAUGACCCCCCUGGUCCAAAGGGGGGGGGAGGGGCCUGUGAGAUGUGCCAUAGAGUAGUCGUGUGGCAGCCAGGAAGGUGAGCAGGGCGGCAAAGCCUUGUCUAGCCCGUGGGGCCCCAAAGCUCCCGAUCUCAGAGCCUGCCGUUGUGCCCACUUCUGCUCGAGCACAGAGCAGUUCCCGUCUGGCUCAAAUUAAGGCUGUGAGUGCCAGAUUAUCUUUCAAAAAGGUCACUUUCUGCAGGACCCUCUCCUGCAUGCGACCGGUCAGCAUGGCGGUCAGGCCCCGCCCCCUCAACUAAACUCUUUUAACUCCUUAAGGACCAAACUUCUGGAAUAAAAGGGAAUCAUGACAUGUCACACAUGUCAUGUGUCCUUAAGGGGUUAAUCAUCGUCAUCGAUACUUUUAAAAUUACUUUAUCAAAUAACUAAACUCACUGCUUAACCUCCUAAAGAAAAUAUUGCUCCAUUUGUUAUGAACAAUGUGAUUUCUAAGCAACGGCACAUUUUAAGUUUAAAAUGAAAAUACAUAUAUAUCACUAUUAGUGUGAAAAACUUGUGAAUAUUGUUUUAUUAUGUUACAAGUUACCUGUGACUGACAUUUUUAUAACUUGCCUAGUAUAAGGAUCUAAAUAAUUUACCUUUUAUUUUAGGGUGCGUGUAUCCUGAAUAUGCUAAGAGAAUAUAUGGGUGCUGAAAGUUUUGAAGCUGGUAUUGUACAUUAUUUACGUCGGUAUAGCUACCGUAGUGCUAAAAACGAAGACCUAUGGGACAGUAUGACAGAUGUAAGUAAGAUCAAUGCAAUGUUAAUGCACAUUUAAUAAUAGGAUUACAUGCCUCCCAUCAUUUUCAAUUGUUGAGAAUGGUGCUUGCCUGGUCAGCGUUUGGUGCGAAUUGGUGUGGGGUCUGUGAUUAAUGUUAAGGCAUAACUGAAAACCUUUAUUAUUAUGGGUACAGAAGCUUAAAAACCUUAAUUGUCGCUAAAUAGCAAUUACAUUUUGUUAAAACACCAUCACAUCACUGUGAGUUUUAUUGUUGUGGAGCUCUGUGAUACACUCGUACAUACUGCACAUUACUGUGAGUUUUAUUGUUUUGGAGCUCUGUGAAACACAGAGGUAGGAAAGUGGGAAAACUUAUUUUAGUCUUGAGAAGUUUGCCAAAGUUCUGCCAGUUUUUCAGAAUACUACCUAUGGGGUUUUAUUUAAUAAACAUCGAAUGGUAGUGAAUGUAAAAGCAAAUUAAUUAAUUAAAACCAUAAUUAAGGCAAAAAAGUUGAUUAAAAACAAAAAACUCUUCCACCUGAGCUAUAGCCAAAGUUUGACGUUUACAAUGUGGUUUACAAUUCACCAUAAUUCACUGUUAUGGUGUCUACACGCUAUGGUGUUAUAUUAUAUUUUCUAUAGAUCUGUCCUUCGGAGGAGACGGCUAAUGGCCAAAAGGAGGUCAGUGGAUACUGCAAGAAGAACCGUCAAGCGUCUGUAAGUUAUACUAGUAUUCCAUUAUUUUCUAAUAGUGACAGUGACUUACAAUUUACUUUAAAAUAUAUAAAACACGUUCAUCCUUUGUCCUAGAAAUCUGUUUGUUUUCCAUAAAAUUGAUUCUCACGUUGAAUCAAGAAAAUUCAAAUCCUCUAACAAAGUACAAUAUUUUGUUGGUCAUUUAAAAUGUGUCUUCUUGCUGUCCCUUGUAGUCACAUUAAGUCCUGUAGUCCCCUGGCAUUGCUGGCUCUUCCCCAAUACGCUAGAGAAUCCUUUGGUAAUGCUCACUGGCAAUACACUUAUAGAUUUAUUCACUAAAGUGAGAAUUCAAAAAAUUAAAGGGAAACUAUAGUGCCAGGAAAACAAAGUUUUCUACUUAAAGUGCCCCCCUAUGUCAAGCCCUCCUCCUUCACCCAGUUGUGCAGAAAAGGUUAAAACCCCUUCUGUCACCUGAUUCCAGCAACGAUGUCCCUUGGCACUGGCUCCGCCUCCAAUCCUCCCCACUGACGUCAGCCGGCAGGGGAGACCUAAGGUGCAUGCGCGGCAAUAAUUCCUACUAGCACUGUGAAUCCUGCCUUUAAAUUAUAAUAUAAGGUAUGGUUUUCUUUUCAGCACUGGUCUAAAGGAGAAAUCAUGGAUGUUAAAUCAAUUAUGAACACAUGGACGCUACAGAAAGGUUUCCCGUUGGUUACUGUUACACUAAAGGGAAAAUAUGUUGAACUUCAGCAAGAACAUUAUCUCAAAGGCACCAAGGAUGCAGAAUCCGCGAGGUACAGUUAGAAAGUCACAUGUCAUGUAAUACAUUGAAAGAAUGGAGUCAAUACACUUACUUCAGGUGUUAUUUUGACUGAAAACUCCUUUUUUAGGAGAGCUAGGGGAGGUUUAAGAAAUCGUGGGUGUUGUAGUUCAAAAACAUCUGGGGGGCCACAGGUUGUGCAGGCCAGCUUUAAAGGAAGUGUUUAGAAAGGCUAUGCACGUUACAUGCACAGAGCUGUACAAACAAAGUGAUUUAACUCUAAAUUUAAGAGAAUUGAGCAGUGAGACUGCAGGAUAAAUCGAAAAUCAAUUCAAUUGUAUUUAGAAAUUAAUGAUGAGAAAAAUGAAAACUAUAUUAUGCAAUUAAUGAUUUAACUGCAGGAAUUAAUUUUAAAUAUCCACCUUAGAUAAUUAGUAUUUAACAUACAUUUAUAUACAUUCAUAUGUAUCUAUGUAUGCAAUGAAUAUAUAUUUAUUUAACAUGUUGUUACUUUUGUUUUAGUUUGCUGUGGCAUAUCCCUCUGACAUACAUCACUAGCAAGUCUAACACCGUGCAAAGAUUCCUGCUUACAGCUAAGAAAGGUAGGCGUUCUCCACCCCUCUUUAUAUGCACACAGCUAACAAGGUCUGUAAAUCACAGAUAAACGGCCCAUUCCUAUAGUCCUCUUGAAUUUUUCUUGAGCCCUAUUUUACCGCUAGCUAUAGAGUAACCUGCGCCUAAGGUUUUAUUAAUGGAACAAGUUAUUUGGUCAAAUUUCCGAGUUACACAGGUGUUAUGAUGUCUGGUGGCUUUUUAAAUUUAGCAGCAUUAAAAUAUCUGUGAGCAGUAUGGACAUGCAUUGCUAAAGAACGAAAACAUAUUUUCCUUUCGUAUGAAAUGUAGAUGUGUUAGUCCUCUCAGAAGAAGUGGAUUGGAUAAAGUUUAAUGUGGGAAUGUCUGGCUACUACAUAGUCCACUAUGAAGGUGAAGGAUGGAAUUCUCUGAUCAAACUCUUAAAAGACAAUCACACUGUUAUUAGCAGCAACGACCGGGCUAGCCUCAUCAGCAACGCCUUCCAGCUUGUAAGGUAGGAACCACUGUGGAUCCAGUGUUCUUCAAUACAGUCAAUUGUUUUCCACAACACACCUGCAAUAUAAUCAAUACAUCGUCAAUAACCAGGCCAGAUUCGAGCUCGGCUAGGGGGUAUAAGUAAGUAUGAUAGAUCUGGUCAGGUUCCCGUACAAUGGUUUGUUUUGUGGAAUGAUUGUGGUUUGCACAGUUAGUUGAUUGGAACAGUACCAUAAAUGAUCUGAGAGCAAGAUGAGAGACAGUUUUAACAGUUUUAUUCGAUGAUAAAUGAAUACUUUAAUAUUUGCUAUUAGUCAAGGUUUUCUUACAAAUGUCACUGAGUGAGACCCAGUCACAUAAAGUUGCCCUCCACCCGGACAAUUGAUAAUGAUAGCCAAAAUACCCCAUUAGAAGGACAUUAUCCAACUCAGUUCAAUAAUUUAGCUGCUUAUAUUUUUGGGGAAUAUGGGACGGAGUUUUCUACCUUAAACUUUGGGUUAAAAAAACUGCAUCCUAUAUUCCCAAGGUUAUCUAGAGCAAUGUCCGAGUGGUGGGUGGGUGGGUCCGAGGAAGGGCAGAACAUCCAAGUGAUUGGAGGGAGAGUAGAGCAGAGAGCUCCCCCUCCCGACAGUCAUUCUGUGUAGCAUGGCCUCACGGUCCAUGAUAGAGGAUCUUCAUUAUACCAUACCUGGUCUGACUGAAAGCCGCUCUCUGGGAGCACCAGCCUACAACAGGAGAUAAGAAGGGACACUAAAGACAUUUGACUAGUGGUUUUAUUUUUUUCUUCUAAAUUUAUGAAUGCGUCUUAUAUUCUGAAAAAUAUCAUGAGGUUUAUUUCAUGAUUCAAUAUAGGGUCCCAUCUAGUAGCACAUAAUAUUUAACCAUUAUGGAUAGAUAGCAUGUAUAUGGGAGAUAAUAUCGGAGAGAGGUUUUGCCUGUUUAGUUCUCACUGUGGACACUUCAAUGAUUAUUAUUUAGAUUUUCUUAUCCUCUAUUUUUAACAAAUGUGUAUUGCGAGGUUUGAAAAAUAAAAUUAAAUGUAGAAACCCACACUGUUGUAUUUUUCUCUGCCCUGGAAGUGGACGCCUCCAUCUGUAAUAGUUCUAAUUCUGCUCUGUGUUUCUGUCAGUCAGCAUAGAGAGAGCAUAGAGAGCCGAAUGCAAAGCAUGCCCUAACUGUCCUGCCAGGACUAAACAGUAUUGUGGUUUUAUUGUUAAAUCUUUUAAUAUACAUUUAAUAGAAAACAAAGUAUCAUAUGAAUGAUGGCUAAUACAAGUUAUAGAUGAUUUUUUCCUCUAAUGAUGUAUCUUCCAGCGAUGUUACAUAGUUACAUAGCUGAAAAGAGACCUGUUUAGCCUUCCUCACAUAUGUUGUUGCUGUUGAUCCAAAAGAAGGCAAAACACCUAGUCUGAAGCGCUUCCAAUUUUGCCACAAACUAGGAAAUAAUUCCUUCUUGACCCCAAAAUAGCAGUCAGAUGUCUCCUUGGAUCAAGCAGCUAUUACCCAACUAAUUAGAAAUUAUAUCCCUGUAUGUUAUGUUUUUGCAAGUAUUUAUCCAAUUGCAGUUUAAACAUCUGUAUUGACUCUGACAAAACCACCUCUUCAGGCAGAGAAUUCCAUAUCCUUAUUGCUCUUACUGUAAAAAAACCUUUUCUUUGCCUUAGAGGAAAUCUCCUUUCUUCCAGCCUAAAUGUGUGACCUUGUGUCCUAUGUAUAGCCCUGUUUAUGAAUAGAUUUCCAGAAAAUGGUUUGUACUGGCCCCGAAUAUAUUUGUAUAAUGUUAUCAUAUCCCCUCUCAGGCGCCGUUUUUCCAAACUAAACAGAUUAAAUUUUUUUAAACCUUUCUUCAUAACUAAAAUGCUCCAUUCCGGGAGCCGAGCAGCAGAGGCAAACGGUCGCACAACUCUGGAGCUCCGUAAUACAAACGGAGAAAUCAAACCUAAUCUAACCCAAAAUUACCCCCACUGAAAGCAGACCUUACGCAGGAACCCCACAGGCUACAUGGGAUGCAAAAACAAGAAAAGAUCACCGGAUAAUUCAGCUCCUGGGCUCACAAUAGGGGAAAUGUGGGGACAAGCAUGCGGCCCGAGCGAAGCCAAUAUGGCGGCGCUCCACGGGUCUUCACGGAAUUCUCUGAUGACUACUCCGAGGAAGCGGACGAGGAAUACCCCCGAGCAUCAGCCCCAAAAGUGAAAUCUAAACCGGGCAAACCAAGGACUGACCCUGAUGCCGACCACCGGAGUGCUGAAAGCCUUACUAGCAGACCUGCAAAAAAAUAUCCUCACAGACAUGCGGUGUCAUUAAGAGGAGAGCUGCAAGGCCUGACAGGCCGUAUUACCGUGCUGGAAGCCUCCUCUCAAAACCACCAGCGCACCAUCACUGCACUGCAGGGUGAUAUGCAGGAGCUGCACCGCAAACACACACUACUUGAACGGCGCCUAGAUGCCCAAGAGGACAUGAGAAGGAGACACAAUAUUAAGGUCAGGGGGAUCCCGGAGGGACCACCGGAGGCAGAUCUUCCACACAAAAUCAAAAGCCUCUUGGCCGCCAUACUCCCCCCGGGUCAAUCCACGUCUAUCGAACCCACAGACCUUUUCCGGAUCCCAAAGCCCACUGGGGCCCCAGUGGCAACCACAAGGGACACAAUCCUGACCUUUAAGAAUGGUAGGGACAAGGCAACAGUCCUCAACGCCCUCCUGGGUAAAACUCCCUUGAAAUUUCAGAACGCGACACUCACCUUUUACAACGACUUUUCAAGGGGAACCCUGGCAUGGCGCAAAUCGCUCCGACCCCUCACCUCCCCUCUCCAGCACCAAAAGAUCCCAUACCGUUGGAGGUCCCCACACAUACUCCUCGUGCAAUGGGAUGAGACCACCCACCAAAUUCAUGACCCACAGGACGCAACAGAGCUGCUACUGGCCAUGGGCCUAACCUGGGACUCACUCCUCCAAAUGGGCCUCCAGGCCCCCUUCACAGCGACUAACAGCUGGGACCCAGCGAACAGCGCACCACUUGUGCCUCGAAACCCUGCACCAGUCACCUAUGCUGCGGUCACCACCUAAGCAGAGCAGAGACGCCCGCGCUCCAAUCCUGGCACCGCCGGCGCCUGGCUACAGUGGACUACUGGGCUAGACAGGGGUAACUUAUAACCCCCAGGACUCAUGACAUUUACAUCUCAAGCUCUGGGGGUGCUGCUGCAACAUCUCACACGCAGUCCCUGUCUCAUAUGCCUAACCGAACACAGAGAGCCACGCUGGAACGCCACCAACACCCCGCAAGAAAUCGUCAGACGACAUCAACACCCAAGUUCCUGGGAACGUUCCUUUUUUUUUUCACCUUUUUUUUUUUUUUCACCCUUUAUUUUUCACGGUUUAUACCAGCCCAUGGAGCGGGACUCAUGCCUGGGGGACCCCAGGGGACUUUGUUGCUUUGACUUACAUGACCGGGACUGUCCACCCGCAAUAUUAUGCUAUUAUCUGUUUAAUAGUCAAUUAACCUGCCUAGUUAGCCUCUAAAUAGGCACAUAUAAACAUAAUCGUACCGUUUACUUUGCUAGGUCUAGCAUUGUGUAUAUAGCGAGAUAUGUCAUAACCACUACUGUGGUUCGGCCUGUGCCACAGGCCUCCCGGACACUCAGCCUAUAACACUCCGUUAAUGACAGCCAUUGUUCCUCAUUUCAAAGAUCGAUCACAAAAGUUAGCUAGUGUUUAUUGUUUAAUGCUUAUUAACUGACCCAGUCAAUGGAGCAACCUAGUUAGGCAAUUAGAGCACUAACUAAAGAAACGUCAAUUUGGUCAGCUCAGCAUGUAAUAGAUAUAUAGACGUCUAACUUACAGACGUCUAACUUACAAUUACACUGGUAUUAGUAAGUUUAUCUUUUUUCUUUCCUUUUUUCUUUUUUAAUAAGUUGAGUUAUAAGAUUGUUUUUGACUGGGUCUUGCCUUUAACAAUUAGACCUGCAAAUUAGCCUGUUUCCAUGCAAAGCUACUUAAAUUUGCAGUUAACGCGAUCCCACCACCACGUAAAACCACUCAAGAUGAAAAUUUUUUUAACCCCUUAAGGACCAAACUUCUGGAAUAAAAGGGAAUCAUGACAUGUCACACAUGGCAUGUGUCCUUAAGGGGUUAAUGUAAUCUAACAUAAAAAUGCAUCACUCAAUAUGGCUUUUAUCACAAACUUGUGUGUCUCACCUAUUAGUGACUUGUUCUCAUUUAUAUAUAAAAAUGUGCAAUGUUAAACAUGCAAAAAACAUUUUAAAUUUUUUUUAUAUGUCUCAAUUAGACAAGUAUAUUACUUGAUGACACCGACUCUCUUUCUUUUGUUUCAUGUCUUUGUUAGCCUAUGUAAGGAAUCCCACGGGGUCUCACUCAUAGAUCACUCGUUUAGACUAUCACAAAUGUAUUCUUGAAAACCUAGUCAAGUAUAUUAAAUGUGUAUCUCGUUAGUUAAAUCUAGUAUGUUAGCUCAGGUCCCGAGCCUGUUAGAAUCAUGCCAACCAGACAAAGCGGAUUACCAAUCUUACGUUUAACUAUUAAUACGCUUAAUUACUUUAGCAUGUUAUAUCAUAUAAGCAAUGGAUACUAACCUGUUAUAUUCCUGUUUAACAAAAAUGGGCAAAUGUAUCAUGCCACGAACAUGUCUGCAUUAACCUGCCUGUGUCUGCUGUCGUGGCUACACGGGCAUGCCUGUAAAAUCUUUUGCACCAAAAAUAAAGAAUUUAUAAAAAAAUAAAAAAUUCUCCAUUCCUUUUAUCAAUUGUGUAGCUCGUCUCUGGACUUUUUCUAGUGCCGUGAUAUCUUUCUUUAGAACAGGCGCCCAAAAUUGCACAGCAUAUUCAAGGUGUGGUCUUACCAGCGAUUUAUAAAGAGGCAAAAUUAUAUUUUCAUCCCGAGAAUUUAUGCCCCUAUUUAUACAUGACAAAACCUUACUAGCCUUAGCAACUGCAGAUUGACAUUGCAUAUUGCUGCCUAAUUUGUUGUCUAUAACAAUUCCCAAAUUCUUCUCGUGUGUGGUUAUCCUUAAUUCACUACCAUUUAGGGUGUAAGUUGCUUGUGCAUUCUUAACCCCGAAGUGCAUAACUUUGCAUUUCUCUACGUUAAAUUUCAUGUGACGGUUCCACUUUAAGACUAAUGUUCCUUGACAAUACGAGUGAUGCACACAACACCUAGAAUGUUUAUGAUCAUUGUUUCUUUCAUGUUGUUGUCAGCAUCGGGAAACUGCCCAUUGAUAAAGCUCUCAGUAUGACUCAGUACUUGAAAAACGAAGAUAAGAUCAUGCCAGUGUCUCAAGGCAUGGACGAGCUGGUCCCAAUAUACAAACUCAUGGAGAAGAGGGACAUGAAGGACAUUGAGAUGAAAAUGAAGGUGAGGCCAUUUGAAUACUUUGUAAUAGUUAAAACCAUGUCAAGUGUUUCUUGACAUGGUCUCAUUUACGCUGUAUCUGCCUCUCACAGGCUUACAUUUUGAAUCUGUUUCGCAACCUGAUUGAUGUGCAGACGUGGACAGACAAUGGCACAGUAACUGAGAGAAUGCUGCGAAGUUCGCUGCUCGUCCUAGCGUGCAUCCGCGGCUACCAACCUUGUGUACAGAAAGCAGAAAUCCUUUUCAGAGAAUGGCAAGAGUCUAAUGGAACAAACAGGUCUGUGGCAUUUCAAAAGUCACAUUUAACGUGUAUCGAAGGCAGUGGUUAUUAAUAUAUUUUUUUUCUCAGGGAACCAAAUUAUUUACACAGCAUUAGCUUGUCGACACAUUCUUCAAUCGGAUAUUGAGCUGAAUGACUCAUUCUUAUAGGAUAAUAUAAAUAACGUAACAUACAUUGUCCAUUGCACUGAGAAAGUAGUGUCACUACAACAAUCCACUUAUUACGAAGCAAGAUGUGUACGUUGUGUCUGUUUUACAUAUGUUCACUACCAGACACACAACACUGCCAGACACGCACAGAUACACACUGACAAAUACACACUGCACCAGACACACAAACAUAUAAAUGCUGUAAGACAUAGCCACACACAGAAACACUGAUAUGCACUGCCAGACACCCACAAACACAGAUACAGAUACACGUUGCCAGAAAUAUACACACCCUGCUAGACACUAUUUAUUGGAAUUAUUGGAAAUGCAAAGAUGGAAAUGGUAUUCAAGUCAGCUAUGUUUCCAGUUCAACUAGUUUGGCCUGAACUUUGAAAUUCAUGUUAAAUUCAUUUUAAAUUCCUGACAAUUCUUAUUUUAGAGAAUAACCACAUUGGACAAACACACUCACAAUUACUGAAAUUGAUUCUGUUUUAGCCACCGUCCUUUUUUCUUAUCUUCCUUGGGGUCUUGUGAGGGUCUUGUGAGGGCGGCUUCCUUGGGGUCUUGUGAGGAGCCAGCUGCAAGCACAGGGUCUUGUACCUUCACUCUUACUCAGUUUCCUUCACCCACUGUGAGAAAUUGUAAAACGUAUGUUUGUUUUGUCCAUUACUGUUCAGUUCAACACCCAGUUUACGGACUGGGAAGCUUGCUAUAUUGAACUUGUGAAUGUGUGAGAUGUACACAGUUUGUACCGAUACAGUGAAUUCUAUUCAAAAAAUGUGGUUUUUGUCCUAGUGUAACACACAUCUGUGGCAGGUGUGAAAUUCUGUAGUUUAUUAGUGAACUUUUCCCACUAGUUAACGCCGGCUGCAGAGUCAUAAACAGGAGAGUUUACUGGUUACAGUUACUUAUUAUUAGACAGGCUCACUUCGUUUGCAGAAAUAGGUAAAGGCAAAAUAAUUUUCUCUUAUUUUUUUAAUUAUCUAUUUAGCUUGAGCAUUUACUUUUUUUUUGUGUGUGUGUGUAAAGCAAACCGUGUAAAGCAGAUGUCUUGAUCAUUUUCUUUUAUUUUUAUAUGAGACUUUUGUGAAUGGUGCAAAGAAAGAUGGCCUCCCCAGUCUGGAAACCGCAGAUCUUCCAGUCGGUGAAACAAGUAAAUGAAGUUCUCUAUGAAAUGCUUUGUUCUCAUCUCUUUAUAUAUUUUAUCUUUUAGUCUGCCGCGUGAUGUUGCUUUGGCUGUUUAUGCUGUGGGAGGUCAGAAACCCGACGGAUGGGACUUUCUCUUCGAAAAAUACAAAACAACUCUGUCCAACAGUGAAAUGCACCUGAUUGAAUUAGCUUUGAGUCUAACAUCAAACAAGGAGAAACUGCAAUGGUGGGUAUUAGAACUUUCCAUCAUUGUAUGUAUAAAUCUAUGUAUAUUUCUGAGAUUGUGAAAUUCACAUUUUUACCAUUAUUUUACCAAUAUAGGCAUGUAUUGAUUGGUUCUUCUCUCGGCCCUCCAUGAUUUGGCAGGCUACACUGAUGCACCCUCUCCCAAGACUAGAUAAAAGUAAAGCCUCUGUCAAGAUAUUAUGGCGUUUUAAAGGACAACUCCAGGCACCAUAACAACUUCAGCUUAGUGACAUUGUUAUGGUGUCUGGUGGUCCUGGGUGCCGUGUUACCUUAUGGGGUUAAACUAUUUUCAAACCGGUAAACCCCGAAGUGCUGUUAACAGAAAUCUUGUCCCCUCUGUCCUCCGCUUCACUCUGGAAUGUGUCAACUGACAACUGGCAUUUAUCACCUGUUCUAAGUUAUCCGUUAAAAUCCUGUAUACAGAAUACAAGCUCUUGAAAAAAAUAUUAACCCCAAAUAACUUUUUCCUCGCCAGUCCUGAGAUCACUACUUACUCCAUUCUUCUUACUGCUCCCCAUCAGAACACCCAUCAUCACCCUCACAUCUACUAUCUUUCUUGGGUACAAACUGGACAUUCAGCCACCAUGUCCUGGUUUAGGUAUAUCGGGUGUUAGUUUGGCAUUAGCGCGGUCGCUUGUUAAUUUACCACUAAUAUGAUGAUUUUUAUAUUUUCCAGGUUGAUGGACGAGGGUAUGAAAGGACACCAUAUCAAAACUCAAGACCUUCCACAUAUUGUUUCCUACGUCAGCAGAAACCCACAUGGUCACAUGUUGGCUUGGGAGUUUCUGAAGAACAACUGGGAUGGUUUUGUCCAAAAGUAAGCAUUGCAGACUGCCUGUGGAUUGUCGUCGUAUGAACGCAGUGCCGCUCUAUAAUAAUACUUCUGUUUCAGGUUUGAACUGGGAUCGCGAACAGUUGGCGACAUGGUCGUUGGAGUCACAAAACUGUAUUCAACAAAGGAAUGGCUUCAAGAGGUACCUGGAUACUUUUAGCUUUUUGUUAUUUAUAAAGGGUCAGUUUAAUGGCUUUGGACAGUAAGGAGUUACUUCCAGUGAUAUACAGUUACAGUAUUCAUUGCUGAAAUGGAAUAUGUAAGUGAUUUUGAGUAAAACAAUGAUAAUAUGCACUUUGCACUUUAGUUCAUGUGGCUUAUAGGAUCUUAUAGGAGGACUGAGAAAUGAGCCCCUUUUUCACAUCUUGGCUAUUAAUGAAGUGUGUGUGAUUUGCCCUGGAUCUAGGCGGAGAGGGAACUUGUUCAGCUGAAAUAUAAAAGGAAAGGAACAUUUUUGAUUUAUUUUUUUUUUAUAUGUUUAUUGGAAGACAUUUACUGCAAGAUUUAAUGAGCAUUACAUUUCUUUUCACACUUUAGCAAAGAAAACAUGAAGGAUUUUUUUUUCUGCAUGUUUUCUUUGGGGGUAUAUCCAAACAACAUACAAAUGCUGCAGAUCUGUUCUCUGCAGCCUUUGCAAACCCUCCCCUCUUUCCGUGUGCCAAAAAAUUGUCUAAUCAGAAGCUUUUCAUUGAGAAAUCUCUGUGCUGGAGUCGUGCAUGCGCACUCAAUCACGACUUUCUGAUACUUCUCAGUCAUCUGAAGUACAUCUCACUGAGAGGAGGGAAGGCAGGUCCACUCUAACCUAGUGUGUCUGCUACAUGUGUUAGUUCUAUGGAGCUCAUGGAAGCGGAAAACAAGCUCCCUUAUUGUCAGAGUGGCAGCUGGGGAGGAGUUUUUGCCCCUGGUUAUCAAAGUUCCGAUUUCUUUUGAACUCUGCUCUUUUGUAAAUUGUUAAAUCACUUCAGUGAUGUUAUUUUUUUUUUUUUAUGUGUCUAGAGUGUAUCUGCAGUAGCAGUCAAGACUGUGGGUUAAGGAAGACUAUUUUUAGCCAAGACUGAUGAGUUCAGUAUCAUCAUCCAGGGCCGGACUGGGGAUACAAAGCAGCCCUGGAAAAAAAAUCUAUGCCAGCCCCAUAAGUCAAUGCGCCAUAUAUUGUCGCAUGUAAUAUGUAAGGCUAUGUCUUGCCACCCUAGAUGAUUGAGUAAUAUAUAUAUAUAUAUAUAUAUCGAAUAUAUAUUGCUUCUUCUAAUAUAAAAUAUUGGUCCUUUCAUAGUAAAACGUUUAAUUAUACAGUAAGCAUACUCACAUGCAGACACAGACAAUCUCACUGACACAAGCUCAUUGAUACACAGCCUCAUAGACAAACAAUCUCACUGAUAGAUAUAAGCUCAUUGACAUAAAAACACAAGCUCACUCACUAGCAGGCGCACACACACACACAGCUUAAUGUAGUGGUUGUGGUGUCUAUAGCCUGUCCCUGCAGGCUUUUGAAUGUAAACACUGACUUUUCAGAGAAAAGGCAGUGUUUACAUUGCUUCCUAGUGACACCUCUUGUGACAGACACUCAGACGGUCACUAGAGGCACUUCCUGUGUCAGUGCGGAUUGGCUGAGAUCAUCAAGCUCGAUGAUCUCAGUCAGAGAGGCAGGGCCAGUCGAGGGGAGACCAGCACGACGUUGGGGAAAAAAAACACUAUUUUUAAAAACACACACACCAUGACAGACAUACACACAUCUUGACACAUACAUAUACCAUGACAGACAACCAUGACACAGACAGACACACACACCAUGACAGACACACACACACCAUGAUACAGACACACCGUGACACACACACACACCGUGACACAGACACACAUGACACAGACACACACACACACCAUGACACAGACAGACACACACACACACACACACCAUGGCACAGACACAGACACACACACCAUGACACAGACAGACACACACACACACACAUACACCAUGACACAGACAGACAUACACACACACACACACACACACACACACCAUGACACAGACAGACACACACACACACAACAUGACAGACACAUAUAGCAUGAGGGCAGGGGAGCAGAGAUAGAACAGCUAGCUCCCCCUGCGGCCGCAGGUCAUCCAAAUGUCUCCCCGGUAUCCCGGUGGGCCAGUCCGGCCCUGUCAUCAUCACCCAGUCUACUCAUAUUGUGAGACUGUUCUCCAUCUCUGCACCCAUCACCCAGUAUAUUGAUAAUGUUAGUCUGCUCCCCAUCUCUGCACCCAUUACCCAGUCUAUUGAUAGUUAGACCACUCCCCAUCUGUGAACCGAUCACCCAGUCUAUUGAUAAUGUUAGACCCCAUCUCUGCACCCAUCACUCAGUCUAUUGAUAAUGUAAGACUGCUCCCCAUCUCUGCACCCAUUACCCAGUCUAUUGAUAGUUAGACCACUCCCCAUCUGUGAACCGAUCACCUAGUCUUUUGAUAAUGUUAGACCCCAUCUCUGCACCCAUCACCCAGUCUAUUGAUAAUGUUAGAUCCCAUCUCUGCACCCAUCACCCAGUCUAUUGAUAAUGUUAGAUCGCUCCCCAACUCUGCACCCAUUACCCAGUCUAUUGAUAAUGUUAGACUGCUCCCCAUCUCUGCACCCAUUACCCAGUCUAUUGAUAGUUAGACCACUCCCCAUCUGUGAACCGAUCACCUAGUCUUUUGAUAAUGUUAGACCCCAUCUCUGCACCCAUCACCCAGUCUAUUGAUAAUGUUAGAUCCCAUCUAUGCACCCAUCACCCAGUCUAUUGAUAAUGUUAGAUCGCUCCCCAUCUCUGCACCCAUCACCCAGUCUAUUGAUAAUGUUAGACAGCUCCCCAUCUCUGCACCCAUUACCCAGUCUAUUGAUAAUGUUAGACUGCUCCCCAUCUCUGCACCCAUUACCCAGUCUAUUGAUAAUGUUAGACUGCUCCCUAUCUCUGCACCCAUUACCCAGUCUAUUGAUAAUGUUAGACUGCUCCCCAUCUCUGCACCCAUUACCCAGUCUAUUGAUAAUGUUAGACCGCUCCCCAUGUCUGCACCCAUCACUCAGUCUAUUGAUAAUGUUAGACUGCUCCCCAUCUCUGCACCCAUUACCCAGUCUAUUGAUAGUUAGACCACUCCCCAUCUGUGAACCGAUCACCCAGUCUAUUGAUAAUGUUAGACCCCAUCUCUGCACCCAUCACUCAGUCUAUUGAUAAUGUAAGACUGCUCCCCAUCUCUGCACCCAUUACCCAGUCUAUUGAUAGUUAGACCACUCCCCAUCUGUGAACCGAUCACCUAGUCUUUUGAUAAUGUUAGACCCCAUCUCUGCACCCAUCACCCAGUCUAUUGAUAAUGUUAGAUCCCAUCUCUGCACCCAUCACCCAGUCUAUUGAUAAUGUUAGAUCGCUCCCCAUCUCUGCACCUGUCACGCUGACAUCUACUAUGUGUCGUGGACAAAUAAAUUGAGAUUAUGCCCUGAUCAAAGUAUUAUGGAGAAUUAAGUAGACAAUUCUUCUGAUUUGCCUAAUUUUUCCCUAAAAUUUGUAAUUCUCAUCAAAUUCCCACAACUCUAAAGAACAACCCCGGUAGUUUGUAUAAGUUUUACUAUGUCCAUAUGUUUGUUUUUUUGUUUGUUUUUUUUCUCAAAUUUAAUCAGUGAAAUUCACUAAACCUUGAAUUGUAUUGGAAUUCGCCCAAAAUAACCGAGCUGGGAAAAUAACCAAGUUGGAAUAUUUUAAUUGGGUAUUUUGAGUUAAAGUUUCCCGUUCUUUUCCCACUUUUUUCCAAUUCACGAAUAUCCCUGACUGUUUGUAAUACAAUGGGACAUAUUGGAAAGUGAUUGUUUUAACCUUAAGGAAAAAGAGCAAUGUUGACAAGAUUCUCCUGUUACAGAUUAUCUAUUAUUUAUAUAUUAUUUACCGUUCCUUUUUCUUCUAUUUCCAAAAAUUUCAAUUAGUUUUUUAUUGGUCAUCUAGGUUUCAUAAUCCCUAUAGGUCCAUUAGGACAAAUCCUGAUUGUCCCCUGAACACGCCAUAAAUUGUCACCGUACCUUUGCCCUUGUAAUGAUUGUGAAUAUUUUGUUGCAGGUGGCAGGAUUUUUCGAGCACUUGAACGAAAAGGGUUCUCAACUCCGCUGUGUCCAGCAAGCAAGAGAGAACAUUGAAGAGAAUAUCAGAUGGAUGGAUAAAAACUUUGAACUUAUAAAACGAUGGUUAGAAGACAAUAGUUAAUUACUACUUGAUAUUGAGUGACUGAUAUAGGUCCUACUGAACCCAACAAUUGUCAUCCAAGUCAGCCUGGCACUUAGAGGGUUAAUUAAUUGACCGCCAAUUAAUGAUUCAGGAGAAUGAAUUAAUGUAGAGGCGUUUAUUGCAGUGUUUACCAAAGUCCAGCAGAGGGAGCACACAGCAAUCGGGAUUUAAUACUACAAUCUGAAAGUCUCUAUCUGUCGCUCUGCAAGUAAAACAGGCUCAUUGGGACUUUACUCCCAGUCCCUGCAACAGGUUCUGUUUUUUUUGUGUUUUUUUUGUGUCAUGAUUUAAUAUGAUGUUUGACUCAAAUCAAUUGUUGCUUUAAAUUUGGAAUAUCUUGCUUUAACCUCCAUUUGCACAUUGCAAUUUAAAGAAGAGCUGUCAAUUAAAAAUAAAAAAAAAAUGUUGGCUAGAACGCCUCUGCCCCCCCUCCCCGUUCUGAUUUGAUGAUAUAAUUUGAGUUAAAUUAUAGUGUGGGCAAACUGCCAUAAAAGGUAGGUAGUUAGAUGGGUAUAUAGAUAAAUAGGGUGAAAGUGCUGUAGGAAGAUGGAUAAAUGUAAUAAAAACCAAAGAAAAUAGAUACUUGCCCACUAUCCCAAAUCCCUAUACACAUUUAAAUGACUGGAGUUUUUUUGUUAGUAUCACUCCAAUAGUAAUUUUUCUCUGGUUUUGAUUGUAUGUAUCGGGGCUGAUGUGUACUAUAGUCUUAGCUGCCGCCCAGGAGUAAUGGGAGUUUUGGGGCAGGGCGUAAUUUUGUAAGAUGGAUAAAUGUUUCUAUCUAUAGAGCAGUAGACUGUGAUACUUCGUAUUGGUGGCAGGCCUGGCAUAAUGUAAACCAGGUAAUUUGAUAGGUUUGCUAAUUGUCUCAGACGGGUGUUUUUAGAAAACCAAGUUUUUUUUGGUGUGGAUGUAAAUAAUAAUAUGAUCAGGGUUAUUUACUAAACUAUGAACUGCUAAGAAUCAACAAGUGAAUUGGAAAUAGCCGGCUUACGGAAUGUUUCCAAUUUUGGCGAUAUGGAUCUAAGAUCUGCAAUUUCUUAGUGAAUUCCUGACAAUGAAUGGUUUAGUAAUUAACACUUUAAUGUUAUGUAUAGAGAACACUUCACUAGACGGUAGUCGAAAUGAAAGGUUUGUGGUGAGAAUAGCACCUGUGGGUUAGACUGCGUGAUAUGUUCAGUGGUGGCAUGUGAUUGAUAGAAUGUCGAUACCAGAGAAUUCUCAUCAAUACCAUAAUGGGGCAAUGAGAGUAAUAUAUAGAGAUAGGACACUGGUCAUAGAAUGUUAGUUUCUGAUUUAGGUUUGUAUAGUGUUACACUAGCUCAGUUAUCAGAAAUCAUUUAUACAGCAGCAUAUGUUUUUUGGUGUUUUUUUUUUUAUAACUGUGAAUACUGUUGAUCAUUUUAAAUCUGUUCAGCAAUUUAUUUGUUUUUUGUUUACUAAUACAACAAAUCUCCAGCAAUGCUUUGAAACAGAGCAUCAUCUGUGUUGGAAUGGCCUUUUUUUUUGGCUCAGCCACAAGCUGGGAACGUUUGUGUUAUUUCUUUUUAACUCUCACAGACUUUGAACGUUGUGAUGUAAUUCCAAGAUGGCGGCCUGCACCCUGAAACGACGACAAAUCUAAAACCAUAGUUUGAUUAGUGUUUAAACUGAGGAUUGUAAUAUGUUCUGACGACAGAGCCACUCAAAGCACAUAUUUUGUCAUACAUUGCAGUCAUAGCACUCGCAGACUCCCCCUGAGAAGCCAUGGUAAUGUAUGUCGGCCAGGCACGGGUAACUCUCAUUCUGCCCCCAUAUGUCUACAUCCAAGUUGUUAAGUGCCAGGGUCACCACGUGUCUGCCACACAUACAAAGGAAACGAGGCAUUGAAUUAUUUUUCAGGCAGGAAUCAAGGCAUCAAUGCCAUAGCAGACGCUGAAUAUCAAAAUGUGUGUAAUAAUCACUGUAUUUUCAUUUGUGAAUGUGUGCAAAUUGUGUGUGUAGCUUUUAGAAUUUGUCUCAAAAUCCACCUGUGUUUGGUGAAAACAAACUUCUCCAGGAGGAAGGACUGGUUGUUAACCAUCGCUUUUUUUAGCCAUUGAUACCUCUCUAAUCCUUGCUCCAAACACAGUCUCUUUCUCUGUCACGUUGCCUGUCCACCUCAAGUGGCCAAACGUCUCUUUAGUAACAAAUAAGUCACUGUGUUUACUUAAUAAACCCAUUGUUUAGUUAGAAAAUUACCACCAAAUUGCAAACAAAUUAGACAAAAGGUGCAGAUUUGGAAGAAAUUGUUAGCUUGGUUAUGUUUAAAUCUCACAAGUCACUGAUGUUUAGUGUAUUAAAGGGACACUAUAAGUACCCAGACCAGUUCAUUUCAAAAAGACACUAUAGGCACCCAGACCGCUUCAGCUCAUUGAAAUGGUCUGGGUGCAGUGCCCAUGUCAGUUUAAGCCUGCAAUAAUUACCCUGCUGGGUUAACUCCAUCUGUAGCGGCUGUCUAGAGGCACUUUCUGGUGGUUAGGCGACGUUUGGUGAGGACAACCAGUGUCUGCUAAAACCCUAUAGGAAAGCAUUGAUUUAGUGUGAUCACCGUGCUCUCCACGGAUGCUCAUUAGGCCCCCCGUCUGCUCAGUAGGAGCAAAGGGGGAGUCUGAACCAGCGCCAAGGGACAUCAGCACUGGAAUCAGGUAAGUGACAGUGCCACAGAGGGGAUGUGCGUGGGAGAGGGACACUAUAGUGCUAGGAUUACAACUUUGCAUUCCUAGCACCAUACUUUCCCUUUAAAGAAGUGGUCUGGUUUCCGCUGCCUUAUAGUUUUAUUCCUCCAAUGUAAAACAAUGUAGUUUCGUAAAUAUGGCAAAGUUUACAUAAUAGGGCUAAACACAUCCUCUGAUAGCCACUAGAGGGUGCUUCUGCUCCUAUAACAGAGUCAGACUUGGUUAUAUUACAGGAGGACAUUGAAUGUGGAUUUAAGGCUUUUUAAAAAAAAAAAUAAUGUAUGAAAAGCCAUUGAUUUCAUGUGGAUGACGUUUGCUAUGCAUGCCCUUCUAAUCCUUAAUGCUUCUCUAUGAGAAGCAUUGGGUUGGGCAAGAACAUGAGAAUAUGCCUGCUCCACAAGGGCCUGAGUGGAAGGCUCCACAAGAGUGAGUCCUCGGGACUUGAAAAAGGUAUUUUUCUAAAUUUAAUUUAUGGGAACCCUGAAUGUAAAAAGUGAACAGAACAAGCAUUU